GUCUCUGCAAGAGGCGGGUGAAAAAGCAAAGGCCGAGACCAUCCCUCCUCCGCCUUGGUUUGUCGCCGGGAGAUGACGCGACAUAUACACGGGGAAAACGAAAGUCGCUCUCCUUCCCCACGUGUCGCGCAGCAGCAGCGGGUGGCGGAGGGCGCUAGCUGGCUGCCUCCGCGCGCGCACGCCCACCGCCCGUUACCUCGGUCCCGGGGCGAAGGGGAGCUGCUCCGGGAAGGCCGAGGCAAUGGAGCACCUGCGUCUCAGCCUGGCGGCUCCGCUGCAGAUGGUCGCGCAGAAGAACGAGAGGAGCAGCGGCGAGCUCAGCAGGUUCCUCGCCAAACAGGUGGGAGAGCAACAAUAGCGGCGGCGGUGGCGGCGCCCUCUUCGCCCUCCGCAAUCGUGGGGGGAGGGCGGUGAUGGACAUCGAGCUGGGGGAGGGGGCAGCCAGGCAGCCUUUGCCUGGGGCUGGCCGUCCAUCUUCGCUGGCUCGACCCCCCCCCCCCCCGCCGUGCGCCGUUUCUUCAAAGUGCCUUGUGGGCGGAGGGGGUGAUCUGGCUGGAGAGGGAGAGGGAGCAGAGCUGGGUCUUGCCUUCUUUGUUUUCCCAUGGUGGCGGGAGGUGGGGAGGAAAGGAGGCGAGAGUGCGGCACAGUCCCCUCCAUGAGCCAGCGCUUUAAAAGACCCAAGCAGAGUGGAGAUGGUUUAAAUUUGUAAGGAGAACCUCUGGAUCGCCGAGCAGCUUCGUCUGUUUGUAUUGCCUGUUGUUGUUUUUUUAUUUUUGUUUUUAAGAAUAUACUUUGGCACAAUCCUAUCUGUAUACUUAAAGUGUUUUUGUUUUGUUUUUCCAACUGCAAGGAAAUGAUGCCUUGUUCAAAUGUAUAUCCAUACUUGGAAGAUUUCUCACUUCGUUGCUGUAAAGUUGAUACUUCUCUGCUUACAAAUUUGCAAUACUAUACACACGCCUCCACCAUUGAGUUUGGGUAGUUGAAAAAUACUGUUAGCCCCUCCUCUAAAUGAAUUCUUAUACCACUUAAAGGAUAGUGUGUGUGUGCACGCAGGGCCGAAACUAGGCUUUCUGUCACCAGGGCAAAGACCCAGUUCGGCACCCCUCCCCCAAUACAUUUGUUCAUAAAGGUCACAACAAGUAGUUUGAAAGAGGCUGGAGAAGAGUUAAAUUCUCCAAAUAGUAAAAUGUUCUGUGUGUGUGUAUCUGGCUUUCAUUCAACCUCAAAAGAGUAAUAGAUCAUUUGAGGAAUUCUAAGAAGUAUUCUGACUAUGAUCAAAGGGAAGAGAUACUGACACACACACACCCCCUUUGACUAUGGCCCGUGUGUGUGUGUGUGUGUGUGUGUGUGUACUUCUAGUCCCAUUCAAGAAACUGCUAAUCUUGGAGAAAUAAAUUAUUUUGGUCAUCUGCACGAACAAAAAGAUUUAGGACUGAUUCAGUCUGUUGCAAACGUUGUAAGUGGAAAGCACAUCGGUAUGUGGCGAAAUAUGAAAGUCAUGUGUAGGUCCCCAUGUGCUCAGAUCACAUACGUGGUAUACAAUAUUUGCAUAUCAAAAUGAAUGCAUGUUAAGGAGCCUGAGACUGCUGGUGAUUUUCACUAUUUACUCCAUCCUCAACAAAGUGCUUUUUGUGUAAUAAAAGAGAGACUAAUGUUUGAAGGCCUGUGGAUUACAAAGCUCUGUAAAGAUGAGGGGUAAUAAUUCAAUUUUAGUACAGCAUUUUAGUUUCUCUUCAUACUGGCAUUAACUCUUUAGUAAAUUUGCAGUUGCUUAAUUUGGAGCUUAAUUUGGCUUGCUUUAAAAUUAAACACACUGUUAAUAUAAGGGGGAGCUAAUUUAACUAAUAUCUUGUUUGCAAGAAGAAUAGUCAGUUCUAGUGUUCUCAAUUUUAAACUAUAUCUAUCCCCAUUGUGCAAAUAAUUUUUUUUCAAUGCUAUGCUGUACAAUACUGAAAUCUUUAAAUGUUUCUUUGAUAAUCCUUUAAUCUUCCUGCCACACCAGCGUGAGUCACCACACCCUUGUGAGAACCACUGUGCUAGAAUUUAGGUGGAAAUCUAAAUUUAGGUAAUUUUUAAUUGACGAAAUAGUAAUAUGCUAACAGCAAUAACAAAACAGAGGUUGUGCUUGCAGCAAAAAUUAGUUUAAUUAUAAAUAUUCCCAACCGCUAAAAUACUGUUCUUCCCCCCUAAUCAUACAUUCAGAUGGGGCAAACAGAUGUCAAGCUUUGUAGCAAAUUGGUUACAGCAACAACAAAUUAUUUUUACAGCUUGCUUAAUCCAUCUCUCAUUGUUUUACUAUAGAGCUUGAGCAAACAUUUGGGCAAAGGUUAUCUGCUCUCUUUGGACCACAGAGUGCUGUUCUUGUUUACAAGGGUCCCCUUGUUUUAUGUAGCACUUUUCUGAGUAGCUACAUUCCCAUCACUGUGAUCCAAAUGUAGUUUGCAGUGUUGUUUCAGGGAAAUAUAUCUCAUUGGGUACAAAACCUUCCAUCAGAUUUGUACCAUAGUGUUUACAGAGAACUGAUUCAUGUGCCCAUUGAAAAGUAGUUCAUUAGAAAUGAUUUUACAAGGUUGGAAUUUGUUUUUUGGGGUUUUUUGUCAAAAGAUUCAAAGAUUUUCAAGGAAUGAAAACAAAAGUUAUCUCCAUCUUUCCUAAUUCUGUUAUGUUACUCUUGGUAGGGCUAGAAAUUUCUUCCCUAACUACUGUCCUUGGGACUCUUUAGAUUAAGCUAACAUCGAAUUUUUAGGAACUCAUUUUGUACAAUACUUUGACUGGGGUGGGAAACCCAUGACCCUCCAGAUGUUGAGUCCCAUCAGCUUCCACCAGCAUGGCCAGUGCUCAGGGAUGAUGGGAACUGGAGUCCACCUGGAUCCCCAUCCAUGUUCUAAGGGUCUCUGUGUUGAAUUUCUAAGAGCCCAGAGAGGCCCACUAUAUUUAUAAGCCAAAUUCCUAUAUUUGUAAUCUUGAAUUAAAAAUAUGAUGGGGAGGGGUUGUAUUCCUUAUGUAGUGCACACUGAUAACUUGGUUUAUUGGAGUCAGAAGGUUGUUAGAGACAUGGGAUACUCUAGUUCACUGCCCCCUCCCCAAUGCCAAGGCAAAUGGUGUUUGCAAUUGUUCAUGUGUAUGACACAGUCUGAUACCACCCUAUAGUAAAGUCACGUGUUUUCUUUCUUUUUUAAUUCAUUUAGAAAUGUAGCCUGUCUUGUCAUGGUAAUUCAGGGUGGGUUAGAAAAACACUUUAAAACUGUUUUAUAUUUUAGGAACAAGGAAGGGUGGAAUUGGCAGUUUGCUUUCCUUAAAGGAGCUGUAAAUUAACUUUGUGCACAUUUUUGUUUAUUUUUGUGUGAUAGCAUGCCUGGCAGUGACCAUCAAUUUAAAGGUCUGCAAGAAAAGUAACCUUAAGUUUUUAAGAGCUUAUAAGAAGCAACUCAACAAAUAUGGCUGCCAGUCACUCGUUUUAGUAAGGCUUGUAUGGCAGUUCUAAGUCUCUCAUAGUAGAAUGAAUAAAGGGGGAACAGCAGAAAUGUUUAUGUUACACUAAGUGUAAAAUAACUUUCCCUCCCAUUCUUGCUUUCCACAUUCUUCUUCAGCUCUUCCUCCUAGCUUUAUCCUAUUUCUAUGGAGGUUUAGAAAUAAUCUUUUUCACCUUUUUUUGUUGUACUUCUAAGGCAGUUUUCUUCAACCUUGGAUUCCCAGAUACUGUUUGACUUCAACACCCAUCAUCCACAGCCAGCUUAGGCAAUGGUCAGGAAUGAUGGGAGUUGUAGUCCAACAAUAUCUGGGAAUCCUAAGUUGAAGAAUGUUGCUCUAAAGUCUCUUCUAUACACAACUUGACUUGUACUGCAGUAGAAUGGGGGUGGGGACCACUUUACUAAAUGUCUGUUUGUUUUCAGAUCUGGAGUCAGCAGGACCGUCAGUGCAUCCUCAGUGCCUUAGCACAGUUACUGUUGGAUAAAGAAUGCACACUCCUAAUUGGCCGUCAGUUUCGUCCAAUCUUGCUCGAUUUGAUGGAAAGAAAUGCAGAAAUCCUUAAAUCCAGUGGCCAGAUCAACCAUGAUCUUCAUGAGAGACUCUGUGUGGCAAUGAGCAAACUUAUUGGUGAUCAUCCUGAUGUGAUGCCGUAAGUCAGUAGAUGUCUGGGAUUAAGUUUUGCUUUCAUGGGGAAUUGCUUGGUGGACAAGCUGAGGGUUGGUGCACAUGGUAGCCAGUUCAGGUUGGAUUUACAUUCAUACAGUCAUGCAGUGAGCCCAGUUUCCAUGAUCCAUAUCCCUUUUCGAGGUGUGCUGCAGGAAUUUGCAGUUGUGCAUACCUUUUGUAUCACAUGUCAAGGGUAUCUGCUUGGCUAAUUGUUUUAAACCAAGGCCUUGUAUUCUAUUACAUGCUCAAUUCAGCAAUUACUGAAUUGCAACUAAAGCUGCUGUUAGGUGCACAUUUACUUGGAAGCGAGCCAUACUUUUGAAUAAAAUGCAUAGGAUUGGACAAUAAGGGUGAUGUAACCCAAGCUUCAGUUUAGAGGAAUACAAAGAUUGAAUGGCAGUUAGACCUGCAUCUUCUUUAACAUAAAGGGGUGUGUGUGUGCAUUAUUUGCUUCAGUGAGAGAGGUUUAAGUGAAAGUUGCUCUUGACAGAUCCCCAUAUUAGAUUAGAAGUAACACUUUUAUCCAAGGAGUUUUGAGUAACAUGCAUACUGUUCCUAUCUUGCUACUAGUGAGAUCAGAGCUGGGUCUACAUCAAGUGUCUUCAGGCUAUUGUUUGAGUGUCAAGUCCAGAAUACUACUUCCAACCAGUUGUCCCUACCCCACCCCACUCACAGAGCUGGCAGGCUGACCUUAAUCUCUGAUAAACUAAGGAACUGAAAAAAGUGGUGAUGGAUUUCAGUUUUUUUAUUAAAACACAAUUUGCUGAAAAGAAGACCAUAACUUUUCUUAGGACCUUUUUUUUUGUGUUUGUUUUUCUGCCAAUUUCUUUCCAAGUUCAGAAAAGCUUAGCAUUCUUAUUUGUGUCAGGACUUUAAUAGGUAAGCAUCUGCUUCAUCAGAUGAGCUGAAACCUCGCUGUUCUAGCUACGUUUACAUUUGCUUUCAUUAUCUUCAUUUCAUGUAGAUUUGCUUUGAGAUACUUUAAGGAUACUUCACCAGUGUUCCAAAGACUGUUUCUGGAGAGCUCAGAUACAAAUAUGGUUCGAUAUGGGCGACGACGAAUGAAGUUAAGGGAUCUCAUGGAGGCAGCCUACAAAUUCCUCCAAAAAGAGCAGUCUGUAUUCAGAGAGUUAUGGGACUGGAGUGUAUGUGUCCCUUUACUGAGGAGUCAUGAUACUUUAGUUCGAUGGUAAGUUUAAUUUUCGUUUAAUUUUAUAUGUCACUUUCAGUGUGUAGUAGGGACUAUUUUAUUGCUGUCUUACUAAUACCUCAUGAGGAAAGUAAGGUACAGUACAGCAAUAAGGGCAGAGAAUGACUUGGCCACAUUUGAGUUGGAUUUGUAACCUACAGUAUGGUUACUGGCCUACAUUAGACCUCCUAUUGACAAGAAGAGCAGUUUCUGGCAAGAGGUUGAGGCUAAAAUUGCCGGAGUUAAAUAUGAAGAAAGAUUGAUUUGGUCAUAUUGGGUGUAUUUUCUUAGAGCCUACUACUGCUCCUCAAUUUUCAGGCCCAGGGGCUGACAUUAACCCCACACUAAAUUGUGAGACCUACAUCCAAGUUCUUUGUUUUUUGUCCUGUUCCAUCACUCUUCUCUUACAAAUGCAAUAACUAUAAGGCAGAAUGAAAAUGGUGGUAGUGCCAUUGGUGUGGCCCACUUUAAGUUGGCACAUAGACCUGUGCAUCAGUGGCCAAAUCAUUUAUUGAAGACCAUUGAUCAAACAGACCAUUUGAAGGGACAGGAUAGCCUUUUGUUGUUUUUCUCUGAAAGGAACCUAGUUCUAUAGACUUAAGAUGUAACAGUACUUGAGCUGCCUUUGCUUCUUAGGUAUACUGCCAGUUGUCUCGCACUGGUUACGUGCAUGAAUGAUGAGCAUCGGUUAUCCUUCCUGAAGAAGAUAUUUAAUCCAGAAGAGUUAAUACAUUUCAGACUUAAGUAAGUUUUCCCCCAAGAUGUCUUUGUGUGUGUUUUCAGUUAAUAUUUUACAUGGUAGAUUUGUCUCCCACUUGUUCAAAACAUUGAAAGAUGCACAUUUUUGACUGAUAGGCUACUGGAGGAAUCACGGAUGCAGAAUGUUGAGUGUGCCCUUGUCUUGGCCAACCCAGACGCAACCUUUUGGAACAAAGAGGAGGAGUUGCGGUACACUCAGGGAGAACUUGUAUCUGCUGACCUCUCUGCAAAGGUUGUAGCAGUAUGUGGUGUUCUGCUCCCUAGACAACAGUUUGGACCAGGAGCAAAUGUAAGUAAAGGACUGAUACGUAAAUUCAGUUCUUUGGCGCUGACCCUGAUAUACCUUUUGCCUACCCCAGCUCUAGGAGAUUUCUCUCUGAAAAGAGAGAAAUCCUGGGCCUUUGUUUCCCUCAAAAUUUCUACGUAGUGCUACUUUGAUGCAUUUAAGCAUUGAUUAAAAUCCUGUCCUUCAGUUUUAAGGCAAAAACAAACAAACAUGUUUUGUGUAAAAGUUUCUGCAAAAUAGUAUCCUUCCCUUUAUAGAUGGAAUACACUUUACAGUUUAAGAGCAAGGGCCUUUGAAAUCUCCAGUCCCAUUCCUGAUCCAUGCCUCUGUGUGUGUGUUCCCCCCCCCUCCCUUUUUGAUAUCCACAGGCUUGGAUGUUAAGUAACAUAGAAAUCAUGGUCUCAUUUAUCUGUAUGAAGUAUACCAAAGGGGCUAAGACAGUUCUUUCUAUACAGCUCUCUUUGUUACCAAACAGUCUGCUUCAGAAGGAUUCUGAGUGUUGGUGAAAAUCACCUUGUACCUUUCUGACUGGUGAGAAUCUCUGCUAGAUCUUAAGGCAGAGAUAUCACUGCGAUCUGACAAUAGUGUUUAAUACGUGGAGCAAAAUACCUUACUUUCUGUCACUCCAGGUAUGCAGCUGGCACUCCAUGUAUUCUGAUGUCUUAACGCAGGGCAAUUUCAUACAUAGAAACAUAUGAAGAACACAACUUCAAACAUAAGUGAAAUUCUGAGCAUAAGUUGAAUAAAAUUAUGCUCUAGAGACUAGGCACAGCUAAAAUCAUACAAGAGUGGCUCUCUACAAAGUAGAAAGAUUAAAAAGUGUCACUAUUAGUCUUAAUAAUGCUAUAGGAAAAAUGACCAACUAUGAGUUUCACAAAAUAGCCUGUUGGGUUUUGCUUUUUUUUUUUUAACUGAAGAUUCCUUAGUGUGUGUGGUGCAAUUGCCUGGAUUGCGCCAGUGUACUGUAUAUGUAUUUGAGAUGGAUCAGAAUUUUGAGCAUAUGCUAAAGUAAGCUGAAUCUUUGAAAUAACAAUAAUAAAAUGAUACUACAAUUGACUUGUCAUUGAACAUGGCCAUUUUUCCUCUCCUGGUUAAAACAGCAGCUUCAGAGUAGGGUGAUUGGUCCGUAUUUAUCUCAUCCCCCUGAAGCUGCUAUUUGUUCCUGAAGGUACUAUUGCAGUAAAUGGCACUUUGGAGCAGGGUAAGUGGAACACUUGAGUUUGGUGGGAGGAAGAAAGUGCAAGGGUUUAAAUCCCCCUUUAAAAAAUGGGGGUGGAAUGGGGACAUGGAUGUGUGUGGCUCUGGGAUGCGUAAAAAAUGGUAGCUUAGCAAAUUUGUAACUUGUAUUUCACAUUUCUCCAUAGUACUUUCACCCAGUAUUAUCAGUUGAAAGCAAUGCCUUCUCUUGUCUCAGCAGGAGACCAUCUUGAACCAAUUUGUGUUGGUGAAAUCUUCCUGCACAAAUCUUCAAAAUCUCGCUAUGGCUGUAGCUUCACAAAAUGCAGUGUUACUUGAAGGACCAGUGGGUUGUGGCAAAACGUAUCUUGUUGAAUACUUGGCAGCCGUUACGGGAAGGAUAAAGCCACCUCACAUUCUGAAAGUCCAGCUAGGAGAUCAGACGGAUAGUAAGGUAAUGGAAAAUGCAUUUUAGUUUUCACUUGCAGUUGUUAUUACAGAGUUAAUUGCCUUGCAGAAACUGGCUGCGUUCAGAUGUAAUGAUAAGCCAAAAACCAUGUCUUACUAUGGAAUUAGCAGUGUGCACACUUCAGAAAUCCCUCCUGCUGCAUUCCUCCCCUAGUAAAACAUGAGCAAGACUAUAGAUUACUGGGAUGCCUGAAGCAGCCACUAUUGGGGCUUUGCUUUAGGUCAUGGGUUGUUUGGUGAGGGAUAUCUCACUGGCUCAAACACCACAGUAAUCCAAACUCAUGAUUUUUGCUCCUGCUCAUACUAUGAGAGGGCACAGCAAGAAUGAUUUGGCAGUGCUUGUUCCCACUGAGCUUAUCAUAGCUGCUGAAGCUAUACCUGGCAAUAUUUAUAUUUGGUAGCGUACCCAGUAUGGAAGAAAGCGAAUAGAAAUAAAUACAUACCUCAGAAACCUUAUUGUUUGGUAAAUAUAUGAAGACACUUUGUAAAGUUAUAUGGACAUUAUUUAAAAAUCUUGCUUGUUCUUCUUUGUAGACCUUACUGGGCAUGUAUCGUUGUACAGAUGUACCAGGGGAGUUUGUGUGGCAACCUGGGACCCUGACCCAAGCAGUCAGCAAAGGGCACUGGAUACUCUUGGAGGAUAUUGAUUAUGCUCCUCUGGAUGUGGUAUGUAGCUGUGCUUUCUAGAGGUAGUCCAUAAAUACCUUGGGUGAGAGGCACAGGUAUCUUUCUUGAAAGUCAAGUAUUUUGUAACCAAAGCAAAGGAAACUUAAGGGCACUGGAUAAAAGAAAGCAAAAGUUUUCCCCAAAAAGUUAUCAUGGUUCUCAAUUCCCAGUGUAUUUUCUUCUUCGUGGGCAGUGAUUUUUGGGGACACUUGUUACAAACUACUGAAUGGAUCCUGUCUGUAUCUGCUAUUCACUGGUUCUCUUAUACACCCAUCUCCCACAAUCUAGAACUGGAAUGUAUAUGUAAAAGGCUGCUUAUUGGGAAUGAGAUUUCUAACAUUUCUUGUAACAUAUUUGGUCACCAGCAGAGGUGAAACACAGCAGCACUGUCUGACUGCUGUUAAGUCUUUUUGGUUGUCAUUGAUAUAAGGUGGGGCAUCAAGAUAGCCUCAUGCAUGAGAAUAUGGCAUUACAAUGAAAAUUCCUUAGAUUUUUUAUUUUUUUCCCUACUGAUAUAGCACCACAUUCUAUGUAUGUCGUGCCCAAAAGCAAUUAUGGGAAGGGUUCAGUGAGUUAAGGUGAGAAAGUCCUGCUAUAUGAGUGGGAUUCUUCUUGUGGUGCUCUACAUCCUGGUCGUUGAAAUUGUAUUCUGUGGUUGUUUUUUCUAUUCCUUAGAUCUCUGUAUUGAUUCCUCUUCUGGAAAAUGGAGAACUGUUGAUUCCUGGGCGAAGUGACUGUAUAAAAGUAGCUCCUGGGUUCCAUCUUUUUGCAACGAGAAGGUAGACUGUGUAGCUUUGUUAACACAAGGAAAGCUCUUAGCACAUGAAUCCUUUUGGCAGUGACUAGACAAUAGUCAUAUAUAUAGGAAUGGGGGGGGGAUCCAGUAUUUAAAUUGUGCGCAUGUAUAAAGGUGACAUGAUUUUUUAAUUAUAAUUAUGUGGGCACUCCUUUGCUAUUUCUUUUGCAAUUUUCCAUACUAAGAAAUAGAAAAUUAUCUCCUGGAAAAUGAUAGUUAGGAGCGUGAGAUUAUUUUGAAACCUAAUACAACUCUUUCCCCUGGAAUAUAAGUGAAAACUAAGCUUGAUAAGAGGAAUUACCAAGCAGCCAUAAGGAAGUCAUCAUCACUUGGCCGUAAUCUGUAAUAUGCAGAUAAUAUUGUCCUGUCUUUACGCUUAUUGACAUUAUACAUGUAUGAAGUGCUUUGCACAUAGAACGUGCUUGUUGUCGUUUUGCUUAGCCUGCGGGAUACAGCUGCCCUAUAAGCAAUUGCUUAGCAUUUCAUUAUUUAAAGACUGUAAAGUGGAAGAAUGACAAUUGGACAAUUGUAGAUGGUGAAUUCGUGUUUCUUGUAUUGAUGAUGUUGGGACUUUGAUUCCCUUAGCUGGUUGUAGAGCUGCAGUGCAGGAGCCUUACAGAACCCUUGAACUUAUUCUGUUCUGCACUAUAAUACUUCUAAUGCUUCAAUUAAUUUGUUCUUCGAUUUUUAAUCUAGACUCUUCAGUUAUGGUGGUGGUUGGUACAAACAGCAAAACAGCCAUGCUGCUCUUCUAGAUAAAUACUGGACAAAAAUUAAGCUGAAUAAUAUGCCUAAAGUUGAACUCAGAGAGGUAAAUGGUAUCAGAAAGAGAACUCUUACUUUGUGAACUGAUGUCAAAGUGUUUUCAUUUAAAAACAAAUGAAAGUAGUCCUAAUUUUUGUAGAAGAGGUUGAAACUGUGUCCGUUCCCUUUUCCCCACAUGGCUGUGAGAAGUUUAGAAGCAUCUGUGUUUGGUUAACCAUGAUUUCUUGUGUUGUCCGAGCCAAAAAACUGGGAGGGAGUUAGUCUCAUUUACAUCUCACCAAACCAUAGUUUAGCAUGAUGUCCAAACACAAUCCUUGACAUGAAAGAAGUUUGUAUCCAUUCCAUAAUGGAAUGCUUGCUGCUUUGUGCUUCUGCAAGAGAAACAGAUUGACGUUGCUGGAUUGACUUAACCCAACUGUCCAGCUAUGACUUCAUCUUAAAUUGUUAUUGCCAUUUCCUCAUCAUAGUAUAGCCUGUAGGUUUCCCAUAUGCAUCUUGUUGGCCACAGUGAGAACAAAAAACCUGGACUAGAUGGGCCAUUUGCCCAAUCCACCAGGUUCAUCUUACUGACUGACAUUUCUAUCUAGCAAAUGAAGCCUAAGAUAAAUUAAGAACAUUACUGUAUUUUACAGUGUAAUUGUCAUGCAAAGAAAUUUUCCUUUAAGAGAAUUUCAAAGUAAAAUUUGAUGGUAGGCACUACCCCAUGGGACCAGUCCAGGCAAUUGUGCAGACUGUAAAUGUAUCAAAUCUCUGGAUUUUAAGACCAUUGUCUGCAUAGACAAAACUCAAUGAGUUAUAUAAUCCUUGGAACACUGCAAAAUAUUUACUUCAGCUAAUGUUAUUUUGUUUUUCAGAUUCUUCAGAGGAGGUAUCCUAAACUUGCUGUAGUAAUUGAUCGCUUGUUAGAGAUUUAUGUUGAGCUUACUGGUGAUAAACAUCUAUUGCAAAGCCAUAUCACAGACGAUGAGAACGUAAUGGAAGACGCAUCAUACUUAACGGAAAACAAAAAAAGCCUGAGCUUAGAAGGCAGAGAGUUAUCUCUGAGGUAUUUUAAUAUGCAAUUAAGCUGAUGGAUAUUUGAGUUUGGGGGAGGCAAAUUAUCUUUGGACUACUGCUCUCUAGUGUGUUGGAGGCCAUUUGCUCUGUUCUUAAUUGAAAUUCCUAGUGAGAAGGCAUUAAUUGAAUGAAAAUGUGGUGAGUUGGCGCUUAAAAAAAAUAGCCAUGCAAUUAAUGAAGCGAGACUAGCACUUUUAGCAGUAUGCAGCUGAGAAAAGUUAAAUGAAGGACUACUGUUGAGCUGCUUCACAUCACUUCUUUUCUUGUGUUAGGGACUUGCUGAAUUGGUGCAACAGGAUCGCUUACAACUUUGAUAGUUCUUCUUCCUCUACUGCACUGAAUAUUUUUCAUGAGGUACGUGUCAAACUGUUCCCUGUUUUUUAGAGUGAUGUUGACCUAUUCCUUAAUAUGUAAAAACCAGGUUGCAUUUGGACUAUGAACUGGGGGCUGGUUCUGGUGUUGGAAAUUUUCCUUGAGGGUCGAUCUCACUAGACCUGCUGCUUCACAAUGGGUGAUUCACAGGAAUGGUUGCAUAAAUCACACUAGGAAGAAGCAGCUGUUGUUGGGGACAUGCCAGGUCCCACAGCUGUUACACCAGAAAUUCCAUUAUGAAGAGAGCUGAAAUGUCUGAAUUGGCUCGUUCUCUUGUUUUCCUCGUGGAGGCAUACUAGCGAUACAUUGCAUGAAGCUCAGUUGUAUAUUUUGACUACAGUGAACUCGAAGUAUGGAAGAAAAGUAGAAUCUCUGAUUAAAUAUCAAAUUAACUUGAAUUCUCUAUCUCUCUCUCUCUGUGUGUGUGUGUGUGUGUGUGUGUGUCCCUUCCACUCUACUUUGACAGGCGUUGGAUUGUUUCACAGCUAUACUGUCCAAGCAAGGAAGUAGACUGAAGAUGGCAGAAAUCAUUGGAAGCCAACUGAACAUUUCCAAGCAUAAGGUAGACUGGAAGAGUUCACACACAUACUGCAUUGUGUAAUAAAUACCCCUUUUGUCAGGAGGAAAAAAAUAGUUUCACUUCCCCUUCACUGCCAAGAAAUAAUUAAAUGAUCUAACUGGGUAGUGUCCACUCUUGCUUUCCUUCUGAAAGAAGAAAGCCACAGGUAACAUGGCUGAAAUUGGGUGUAAGGAUCAUGCACAUGCACAUUGCCACUGGUGCAAGAUCCCAUUGCCUGAUUUGAGGCAGCAGCUUCCCUUCUGCAACCAUAGGCUUCACUAGGAGGCACCCAACCCUUUGGAGGGGAAAAGUGGUUGCAGGGGAGAGCAUCAGGAGGAGGAGGAGUGAAAGAGAAAGUUUGGUUGCAUGAGCUGACUUCUGUUCAUGUAACAACUGAAUACAGCCCAAAGGCCUUGUUCUCACAUCACCAUAGUUAAUAGUUCACUGUAACCAUGGUGAUCUUGGUCAUUUGAAUCCUGUCCACUCACACUUGGAGGAAGCAAGUGUUACAUUCAAAUGAGGGGUCAUAGUUUGUUUUGUUCCCGGCAAAUUACUGUAGCUAAGGAUGUUCUUGAUUUGCUGAUCAUGGUUUGAAGCAAAGCAAACCAUGGCCUCUGGUUUGGACAUAAUGCUAAGCAGGGACUGUGGUCUGUCUGCUCCCUGCUAUCAUGAGGAGAGGAGGGAAAACAUACAACCCAGAUGCACAUUCACAAUAAACUAUUUACUAUUCCUUACUGUGAUGUGCAAACUGGACUUGUGUCUUAACUUUCAGUUGUACAGUGGUACCUCGGGUUGCAUACGCUUCAGGUUACAUACGCUUCAGGUUACAGACUCCGCUAACCCAGAAAUAGUACCUCGGGUUAAGAACUUUGCUUCAGGAUGAGAGCAGAAAUCAUACUCAGGUGGCGCGGCAGCAGCAGGAGGCCCCAUUAGCUAAAGUGGUGCUUCAGGAUAAGAACAGUUUCAGGUUAAGAACACACCUCCGGAACAAAUUAAGUACUUAACCCGAGGUACCACUGUAUUGCACAACUGCGUAUGGCAAAGGACUACAUCAUAUGUUUCUUUUUAGUAAGCUGAGUUCAGUAUGUAUGCUCUUUAUUUAUUUACUCUAGACUGAAUACUACUGUCAACUUUACAAACCAGAAAUUGCAAUAAGGGAGCAAGAGGUCUCUGUGGGAAGAGUCCAGCUCUUACGGAAGCAAGUUCAUGCGCUUCUUGUGCAAAGGUAUUGAUGUGUUUGUUUGUUUGUUUGUUUGUUUAUAUUUUAAAAUUACUAAGCCACCCUUCAACCAGAUGGCUUACAGGUUGAUGUACAAUAGUGCACUUUUUAAAUGUGCUUGUAACUUUAAAAUUCCGUGCCAGCAUUUUUAAUGAUGUCUCAUUUAGGUGUUUUUUUGAAACCUGGUAAUAGAGAGAGAUUAUAUUUGUAGAAUUAGUGAAUCAAAUGCACUUGGAGAUGCUUAGCACAUAGCAUUAGAGUAUUGCUAACAGAAGAUUUUACCCUUUCCUGUAUUCGCAGAAAAAAGCAGACCUUUGCUCCCACACGUCCAUCAUCCGUAUUAAUUGAGCAGCUGGCUGUGUGUGUCGACAAAGGAGAGCCUGUCUUGUUGGUGGGUGAAACGGGGACAGGCAAAACAUCUACUGUUCAAUACCUGGCCCACAUUACAGGUAAAAUGUAGUAUAAUACGGGGACUUUGACCAGGAUUCUAGAAAAGGUUUGAGAAGUGCUUCAGUGUGUUUUCUGUGUUUUGUUUCUUCAAGGACACCGUUUGAGGGUUAUCAACAUGAAUCAGCAGAGUGAUACUGCAGAUCUCCUAGGGGGGUGAGUGUCUAAUAAUUCUGCAAAUUGCUGUUGACAACUGCAUCAACAAAUCAUUUUUUUCACUCUAUCCAUGAGUUCAGAUCUUGUAUUUAGUAGACGUGUGCAUUGGCCCCAUUCAUAUGUUUCAGCCGGUCUCUAAUUUUCAACAUGUUCAAGUCAUCUGUUUAGUAAUGGUGUGCAGGGGCCACCAGAUUCACCUUUUAUCUGUUAUCAGAUCCGCUGAGGCUGGUUUGAUUUUCACCUUGUCCGAUCGUAUUGAGCCUGAUCUUGCCACAUGUCGCUGCCGGAGUUUUCAGUUAACACGUUACUGUUUGCCCAAUUUACAGCUAUAAGCCAGUGGAUAACAAACUGAUUUGGUUGCCCUUGCGAGAGUCUUUUGAGGAGCUUUUUGCACAGACGUUUUCCAGGAAACAAAACCAGACUUUCUUGGGGCACAUCCAGACAUGUUACAGACAGAAGCGCUGGCAUGAUCUUCUCAAGCUGAUGCAGCAUGUACACAAAUCUGCCAUUAAUAAGGAAGCUAAAGAAAAUGGUAAGACUUCCAAGUUCUUAAAAUGGGCUUCUGUUUGAGGACGGGCAGGGUAGAAAUCAAAUAAAUAAAAUGAGAGAUUUAAGCAGAACUUGCAUUCUUAAAGUUGGGUGGACUGUGCUUCAGUGUGCAUCUGGCAAGGGAGAUACAGUGGUACCUCUGGUUACAAACACUUCGGGUUACAGACUCCACUAACCCAGAAGUAGUACCUCGGGUUAAGAACCUUACCUCAGGAUGAGAACAGAAAUCGCACGGUGGCGGCAGCGGGAGGCCCCAUUAGCUAAAGUGGUUCCUCAGGUUAGGAACGGUUUCAGGUUAAGAACGGAUCUCUGGAACAAAUUAAGUUCGUAACCAGAGGUACCACUGUACUAGGUGUGAUUUUUCUCUAGAAUUCAAAUAUGGAGAGAUCAGCAGUAGAGGGGAAAAAAGCAACUUUUCUGCAGUAGAAAAUAGCAUUUUCUGAUACAUGAUCCAAUAGCAUUCCUGAAGCUUAGUGUGUGUGGAACUGAUGAGUGGCUUGGGUGGGAGAUGCUUGGGAGUCACAGUUAAGCCUUCCUGAACUAUUUAAUGAACAGUUAGAUAAAAGGACAGAAAGAAUUUAACAUUCUCACUCAUCAUCUUUGACUGAAGAGGUGAAGGUCUUGUUAAAGUUGUACAAACUUUAUCCCAGCCUAAUAAUAAUAAUAAAUAAUGUAAGCUUGACUGCAUUUUAAAGGGGAAAGGGGGGGAAGGUUAUUGUUUUGUUUGUUACUAUGAUACGUAUUUUUGUGUUUUCAUGUUGUAAACUAUCCUAUGGUCCUCAGUUGACAGGCAGUGUAGAAAUUUAAUAAAUAAAUAAAGAUAAAAAUAAGAUACUGCUCUGAAGUGGAAAGAGAUACUGUUUACGUAACUAGCCUCCUAAGGCUGAAUCCAGAUGUAUUCAAUAAAGAUAACAGAUUUGUGAGCAUUACUUUGCUUAAACAGAGGAGGUGAUUGUAUAUGCAUUACAAAUGACUGGAGCAUUACUUGACCUCAAACAUUACUUGGGUCCAAUGAAUUCCAACUCAUUCAGUUCAUUCAUUUUAAUGUCCCUGUUCUGCUAGUAGGAUUUAAAUUGCAUAAAAUCAUUGGUCUAAAGGUGAUUGUUGGAAUAACUGGACUUCUACCUCAGUUUACACUAUUCUCUUUGGAACGGCUUAUGUUAUAUUCAGAGUUGUUUUGCACUAUGACAAAUUCUAUUACGUGAUUUCAUGAACUUGAAUGUUUUUAUCUUAUCCUACGUUUACUAUAGCUUGCCUUUUUUUUUUUUUUUGUAGGCUCACCAUUGAAGGAAAAGUGGGAAGAACUUGGUAUCCGCUUAGACCAUGCAAAACAACAGAUGAAGAUGACAGAAAAUGCUCUAGUUUUUGCAUUUGUAGAGGUAGUCCUUUUGUGCAAAAGAGCAUAUUUGUCCAUAAGAUGCAUAUGAAAGUUACUUUAUUAAAAUAAAGUUGCAGCUGCAGUUUGUUAAAGGUGCUGGGAAUUACAGAUCUGUGAGGGGUAAAUUGCAGUCUCCAGGAUUCUUUGGAGGAAGCAGUGUGCUUUCAUAUGCGUGAUGUGGAUCACACACACACACACACACACACACACACACAGAGUUUCUGGUUUUUUUGCCUGUGGAGGCGGUCAUUUGAUUUCAGGCUAGCCAGGUUUCACUUAAUGUCCUUGUGUGAUGAGCACCUUUACUCCCCUUAGUCUUGGCUGAAAAUGAAGGUGAAAUAGAUUUCCUCUGCAAGUCAGGAAGAAUGAGUCCUCAUUGAGGAAAAAAGUUAAUGUUGCAAAGGGUUUGGUGCUAGGUAAAAAAAAGUAGGUACAACUAGAAACACUUUGGAAAGGUUUGCAGAUAUUUAACAGUUAUAGAGUAAGAGUAGUUAAUUAAAUAAGGAGCUUCCACCCCACCAACUUGCUUAAAAACAAUGUAAAAGAUGGAAUUCUGCUUAUACCACUAGAAUUAUCUGGUCCCUCUGACUAUAAAUGCAGUUUUCAAAACAUAGUCCAAAUAGAGGUCAGCACCAGAUGCCUAUCAAAUGCUAAUUUUGAGUCUUUUUGUCUUUUUUUUAGGGCACCUUGGCACAAGCAGUGAAAAAAGGAGAAUGGAUUCUACUAGAUGAGAUCAAUUUGGCAGCAGCAGAAACUUUAGAGUGUCUGAGUGGUUUACUUGAAGGAUUAUCUGGUUCACUGAUAUUACUGGAUAGAGGAGACACAGGUAUUGUUUUUGUUUUUUGUUGCAGCAAGUUUUCCUGUUCUGCAGUGGUUUAUUUUUUCAGUUCCUUUUUUUUUUUUUUUAAUGAGAGGUUGAAAUUAAUGGUUUCAAGUCAUCUAAGUUCAUUGACCCACAGAUGAGCAUAUAAAGAUGUGACCCAGAAGCAAAUUAUUAGGAAUGUAAAUGAAAUAAACUCAAUAAAUUUGAGUAUAUAAUCCACAAUAUAAUCACCAUUACGAAGAAUUGUAAAAAAGAAGAUUAUAUUAUUCAUAAAGGAGGUGCUGAUCACUAAAUAUCCAAGCCCUUUAUUUCUGAUGCUCAUAGAGCCUAAUUAAUUUCUUUGCACUAUAUCUUGUAAACUUUUUCACACCUAGGUCACCCUCUGCACAGUCACAUAAACCCUGUGGGUCAACGUUGACCACUUUAGGAAGCCCUGUAAACUGAUAGCUGAAAAACUCAUAUCUGAAAAAUACUAUCUUUUCACUCUUUUGAUUCCCGAUAACUUAAGAGAUUAGCAUGUGAGAGUUUUCUCCUGAAGAAGAAAAUUGCAAUUCAUUGUCCAUGCUGUUCCUUAGCUUGAAGAAUAGCAAGACCCAGAGGCCUAUGAAAAAAGACCCUUUUGUUUGCUAAGAUAGAAGAUGCAGUUUUCAUCUUUGCUUUUAAGGAUAGCUUUUUCUGAAGUUUGAGAGUAGGUUUUCACCAGCUAGGACAACCAAUUGGCUGUGUAUGAGUUUUUCUGUUUGCUUCUUGAACUUCUGUUUUUAAUUUUCCUUAAAUGGCUGUUUCAUGCUUUCUUGUUUGUAUGCUUCAUUUGUUUUUAUGGGGCCAAACAGCGCUGUAAUUUGUUGGUUGUGCAUUUUUUUCCUUGUAGAGCCCCUGGUACGUCAUUCAAAUUUUCGUUUGUUUGCCUGCAUGAACCCAGCUACUGAUGUUGGCAAAAGAAACCUCCCUCCGGGAAUACGGAACAGGUAGAUACAGAAUGUACAUUUUUACAAAACCAUUUUAAAGCUGAGAACAACUUGUAGCUCUUGAGGUGUUUGGCUUGCAGUAGCCUAGAAUGUUGUACUUCUUUUGGUCUGUGUUGCAUACAUCUCUGAUUGGCAUGCAGUAUCUUAGGGAUAUGAGGGACCUGCGGCUGGCCAGUUUGUAUUAAGACUCUUAACUCCCCAAGCUCAUCCCUGCUAUAGCUGAAGCAUGCUGGUGAGCUGCUAUGUUGCAAAAUACCUUUUGCUGCCAAUCUCAGGAAUAAUAAAUGUUGCACAUUCUCUUUGAGAGCUGCAGUUGUCUUCAAGUGUCCUUUAUGUCAUCAGAUUCAGAGUUGGAUACUAGAAUUAUAUAGUGGUCUCAUGGGAAAGAUAAAAGGGAAAUGAUCUACAUUGCUCCGUUGGCCAUCUUCUGAUUGUCAGCAUUACAUGUUAGCUACAAAACAGCUGGAUAAAAGGCUGGUUGGGCAUAUGAGUGGAUUUUAUGCUCACUUUGAUCUUUCAUAGCCCAUGCAGUCCAAAUUAGCUAGGCAAGCAAGAGCUUGUCAAGUGUUCAUUAAGCACUAAAUUCUGCAGUUGCACUUUCAUUUCCCCACUGAAUUUCUCAACAGGUUUUGGCUUACGGACAGUGUGACAUCAGUGACAAAUGCAUGGUGUUAUCACUGCCCCUGCAGAGCUCAAAAUAAUUCAGCAGCAAUAUCAUAGAAAACCCAAUACCCUAGGUUUGAGUGUAUAGCAGAUGAAAGGAUGCCAAAAUUUACCUAUGAUAAAAGGUCUGCAUUUUUCCAGAAACAACUAAUGUUCAGAUAAGCCAAUAGAAGUGCAAUUUAAAUAUUUUUGCAUGUUUUAAAAUGUUUUAAUUUUUAAUGGUAUGUUUUAACUUUUGGGGUUGUAUUCAGUGUAGCUCUAAGUAGUGCUUUGUGUGAGAAGAAUGACUUCUGCUUGCAUGGCAGGGCAUCUCUCCCCCUUCCUCUGUGUGCCCCCUAAUCUGUUCUGGGGUUUCCCCAACCUUCUAGAAAGGUUUGGGGAUGGCGGGGGCAGUGCUCCAAGACCAAAGGCAGAUGUUUUCCUAAGCUUGCUACCUGACUCCUUUUUAAUUACAGCUCUUGGGGGUUGACCCUGGGACCUUCUGCAUGCUGAAUUAUGUGAUUUCUAAGUAAUCUGCAAGCUUUCACCGAAUGUUACUCUAUUACUAGUCUUUAAUUCAGUACAUUUGUAAUUGGUUGUGAUGUCGACAGGCAAGGGGCUGUGAUCAAAUAUCAGACUUUGGUAUCAAUAAGCAGACAGGUGUUUUACAAUGUAAUGUCGUCUUGUAGGUUCACUGAACUUUACGUAGAAGAAUUACAAAAUGAAGGAGACUUGCAGAUUCUUAUCAUGGAUUAUCUCAAAGGGCUGAAUGUGAGCAAGAGCGUAGUGCAAGGGAUCGUAAAGUAAGUUUUUGAUGAACAGAAAGUACUGUAUAAAUUGUAAAAUUUGAUAAGAGAGUCUUUGGGAAAGUUUUGUUGUAUUUAACUUGUAGCAGUGCUUUUUUCUGGGGAGGGGAAUGCAGGGGUACGCAUACCCCUAAACAUUUUGUGAAUCUAAGUUUGGCCUCAUUAAGGCGCAGUAUUUCAAUAUGAGUAGGAAAAUGAGGGUACCCCUAAACAUUUUUUAAGAAAAAAAAGCACUGACUUGUAGUGUGGUAUUUCUGAAACGGGGGUAGUUAACCUGUGGUCCUCAGAAGUUGCUGCACUGCAUCUCCUAUCAUCCCUGACCUUUGGAUACACAGGCUGAAGGUGAUGGGAAUUCAGAGUUCAGACUGCACUUUUCUGCCUUUUGAACUUCCUCUAUGAGUUGCCAUUUCUUUGAGCUCAUUACAGUUCAGAACGUCAAAUAAUUUAUUUAAAUUGUGCACCAGAUUCCAGAUGUGCAUCCCACUUGCUUUCCCUGUUUUUACUAAAUGAGUGUGAGCUCCACUCCCUGAGUGUCAUUGUCUUAGCAAAUGUCACUGUCAGUCAAGAUAUAUGGGUUUUCCCCUGCUUUUCUAAGCCCCAAUAUUUGAAUAAAUUUUAAUCAGAAGCCUUGAGUAUUUCAAUUUUAUUCUACAUUAGUGUAACAUGGAUGCCCUCUUCUCUCUGACAGUGAUUCAGAAGUUCAUUCUAACUCUUAACUCCUGAAAUUUCUGAGGAAUUUUCCUGUUUGAAGACUUAAUUUCUUCAGAAAACUAUUAUUGGAUAAUGUAUUACACCACUUUAUUUUCCAUGGCUGGGGUGAGAUUAAUAUGAAGGGGAAAGAAUUUAUUUUUAACCACUGUUUUUAAUAUUUUGGCUGUCUUAAAUACCUAAAUUAUCAAUAAUUUUAAUGUUAUAUUUUAUGAAAUGCUUACAGGUUUCUUUGAGUUUUGUUAAAUAGAUACAUCUGAAUAUUUAGGGACUAUCUCAUAGAGGGCCUCACUCUGUAUAUACUGCAACACACGACUCCAAUUUCUAUGAGUGGUGUGAGAUUCCAGAGGUCCCAUACAUGAUAAACCCAUGAUUUGUGUUUCCUUUUGGAAAAAUGGGGCACAGUAGAGCCUGUGGUGUUUUUAUGAUAUAUGGUUUAUUUAUGCAUAUAUACAACAUGAAGCCUAAAAGGAGGAGAAUCUGAGCAUUACACCCAUACAGAUGGUCGCUUGCUCUUUCAUAGCUGUGCUCUAAGCAUUUUGGCUUAGCACAGACAUUUAGAAUUGAGCUUAUAUUUUAUGGCAGUUUCCUCUAACCUGGUGCAUUCCAGGUUGUUGUUGUUGUUUUUACACUGCAUCUCCCAUCAUAUCUGUUGGCCAAGCUGACUGGGAGUUGUGGGAGUUGUAGUCCUUCACCAGAUGUUCUGGAAGACUGAUAUGUGAUAUAUAGACUGAGCCUUACCUGGGUUGGUUAGCAACGAUACGGAGUGAAGAAUUAUUCAAUCCUGAAGGGGACAAUAUUUAUUCAGGAAAAGGAACUCCGCAGCACAUUGAGGUAUCAAGCCCCUAGAUAAAUUACCUCCUGUUAAUAUGGUAGAAAAAUGAGUGUGAUACAUGAAAAAUAUGCUUCAUACAAAUAACCCUUUGCUUCUGCAGCUUUUAUUUGUCUGUGAGAAAGGAGUGUGAAACAAAACUGGUAGAUGGGACAGGCCACAGACCUCAUUACAGCCUUCGUACUCUCUGCAGAGCUUUGAGAUUUGCAUCAUCCAACCCAUGCUGCAGCAUACAGCGCUCUCUGUAUGAGGUGACUAUCUUUGUUCUCUGUUCCUAAAACUUCCUUCUCUCUUCCCUUUUGUCUUUAGACAAAGAGAGAGAGAAAUUCUCUGGCGUUAGCAAUUAAAAUCUCUUUGAAACUAGCUACUUUAAAAAAGCCCAAAUCUGUUUUCUUCUCAAUAGGGCUUUUGCUUGGGUUUCCUCACCCAGCUUGACAGAAGUUCUUACCCUGUUGUUCAAAGGCUAAUAUGUCAGCAUAUUCUGUCUGGAAACGUGAAAAACAUCCUCAAGCAGGCAAGUAAAUUCUUAUUAUGUGUGUGUGUGUGUGUGUGUGUGUGUGUGUGUGUGUGAAUGGAAUUGUUCUCAGUUUGAGUUCUCCCCUCCUCCUCAGAAUUUUUUUUGGUUAUGACAUAAAAUACAUAAAACAGAACAAAACUCAAUUUGAAUUCUGAGUUUAAUUUUACCCACCCUGGAUUAAAUCAAGGGUUUCCCAUUUUCACCUGGAAGGUUGCAUUCUGUUUGCUGAAUGGUCUGACAUUAAUCAAAGCCUCUCGCUUGGAGGAAGGUGGGAGACAAUUGUUCCAGAUCUCAUCUGCGCACACCCUAGCAGUACCUUUCACACUGUUUUCAAAAGUCCCCCAAGCAUCUGGACGGGUCUGCAGGAGAAAGUGGAAAUUGACAAAAUACUCACUCCCCACCCCACCCAAUCCCCAUAGGAGCACCCUAUAAGUGAAAUCCCACUUGCGGGAAUGCUGAAUCCAUGUAAGGUUUGGAAAUACAUUGGCUUAGAUCUAGAGUUCAUUCCUGCUGAUGGAAAGGUGAGAAGGUGACUUUUUCCAGUUCACCUUCCUUCUGCAUUUGCAAAUAUUGUUCAGUUUGUUGGGGCUGUUUCUAGAAUAGUGUGAAAGGUGAUUCGGGGGGGGUGCAGGAUGAAGGGGAAGUAAUAAAAAAACACCUUUCAUCCUCUUCUGCCAGUGAGAUGCUGCCUGCUGGAUCAGAAACCUUCCAUGAAUGGAAAGAGUCCUUCUGUUCUCAGAGGGAGUCUAACGCAUUGUGUUAAUAUAUCUCUCCUCCCAGGUGUAGACUCUGUGCUUGCUUGGUGUAUUAUACCAUAACCAGAGCGUGAUAAAUCUUCUGCAUCUCACAUAUGAAGGAAAUACCACAUGUAUUCUGGUGUUCUAAGAGUGUGUUGCUUAGCUAAACAAAGAACGUUGCUAUUAUGCGGAGAUAGCAGUUCAUAACAUAAACUGGUUUUGUUUCUGUAAUGUCCUUCUAGUCGUUACCAGAGCCUAAAGGAGGGAGAAUGAUUAAGGUAGAGGGAUACUGGAUUUCGAUUGGCGACAUGGAACCAACCGUGGAUGAGACUUAUGUGCUCACAGCUUCAGUUAAACUUAACCUCAGAGACAUCGUCAGAGUUGUAUCAGCUGGGUAUGUUGGACUUCAGCUGUACCAUUUGCUGGAGGAGCCGUAUAACACGACAAUUAAGAAGCACAAAUACUGUUGUCAGUUGUCCCUAGUUUUGACUUGUUUAUUCUGAACUUCAGCAAAUUUUUCUUUUUUUAUCACACAACACAACAGGAAGCCCAAUUCUCAUUUCUAGAAGUGCCCUUAAUCAGUAUAUGUUGUAAAAAGACCUUGAAGCCAAUCAGGUACAGUGGUACCUCAGUUUACGAACUUAAUCCAUUCCAGAAGUCCAUUCUUAAAUCGAAACCGUUCUAAAACCGAGGCGCGCUUUCCCUAAUGAGGUCUCCCACUGCCGGUGCCUUCCACCGUUCAGCUUCCAUUCUUAGGUAAAGUUCACAAACCGGGACACUACUUCCAGUUUUGUGGAGUUUGUAAACCGAAUAGUUUGUAAACAGGGUUGUUCCUAAAUGGAGGUACCACUGUAGCUUCUAAUAAUAGUAAUAGUAAUAGUUAUAGUAAUAAUAAUAAUAAUAAUAAUAAUAAUAAUAAUAGUUAUAGUUAUAGUAAUAAUUCACCACCAUAGAACACAAUAUCCAACUUGGCUGUUUUCUAUUUCUUUAAGGACCUAUCCAGUGUUGAUUCAAGGAGACACAUCCAUUGGUAAAACCAGUUUAAUACGCUGGGUGGCUGCUGCAACCGGGAACCAUUGUGUUAGGAUUAACAAUCAUGAACAUACUGACAUCCAGGAGUACAUUGGCUGUUAUACUUCAGAUCCAUCUGGGAAGCUGAUAUUUAAGGAAGGUAGGACUUUGAUUAUUACCUCAGUCACUCAGUGUUUCAGUGUUUCCUUGCCAGCUGGCUCUCCUACUUGCUCAUAAAGAUGCUUGCCUGGCUUGCCUCAAGUGGGCAACUCAUUUAUUUCUUUUUUUCUGUAAAUGCUUCAUAGGUGUCCUCAUUGAUGCUAUGCGAAAGGGCUACUGGAUAAUCCUGGAUGAACUCAACCUGGCACCCACUGAUGUUUUGGAGGCCCUGAACAGAUUAUUGGAUGACAACAGAGAGCUGUUCAUAACAGAAACCCAAGAAACAGUCAAAGCUCACCCAAGAUUCAUGCUCUUUGCUACACAGAAUCCUCCAGGGCUCUAUGGAGGCAGGAAGGUACAUACAUAGUUUCCUCAAGUGAAGCUGGCUUUCUUUUGAUACUGCUAUUUACACGUACACUCCACCAUUUCUUCAAGGACCUUAUGGUGGCAUAUGUGAUUUCUCUCUUUCACCUUAGUCCUGUGCGGUAGGUUAGGCUGAGUGAUAGUUUGAGUGAAAGACUGGCCUAGGAUCACCAAGUGAGCUUUAUAACUAAGUGGUUGAGUUGAACCUGAGUCUUCGCCACUCCUAGUCAAACGCUCUAGUCUUUGUAGCAUAUCCAGAACCAAUAGUGAAAUCAGUCUACAAGUUGCCAAUCCAAAAUGGUACCAUCCAAACACAAGAGAGAGGUGUCAACAGAGUUGGGAGAACCCCACUGCUUGCAGACGUGCACCGAAAUCUUCGGGGGGGGGUGUAUUAAGAGGGCAAACCCAUUGAGUAUGAACAUGUUCAGUGGCCAUGAAAUACUAGCUGACUGUUUGAGGGUGGGAAACUCGUGUUAAGUUUUCAGUGUGUGUGAAUUUCUCAGUAGAUUAACACUUGACAGGUGGUUUUUGUGUGUGUGUCUUAAGGUAUUGUCCAGAGCUUUCAGGAACAGAUUUGUGGAGCUGCAUUUUGAUGAGCUACCAAGUACAGAGCUAGAAACCAUCCUGCACAAAAGAUGCCACCUUCCACCUUCGUACUGCAGUAAACUUGUCAAAGUCAUGCUGGAGUUGCAGGUAUGGACAGUAAUCUUUUUUCUCUUAGUGGGAAAAUAAUAGAGAAGUCACUUGAGCCCUAGUUGUAGUUUGGUGUCUUAUACUCAAGGCGCACACAUUUAGUGGCUUGGGGGGGGGGGGUUGGAGCGGGGUAUUGUUGAGCUACAUAGCAACCUACCAGAAUAUGUUUGGCUCAGGGGACUGAUGGUCAUUACUGAAAUAUUGGUGAAAUUUGGACAAAUAAAUGCUACGAAGACAACUUGGAGAAUUGGUGGUAAGGAGGGGAGGCAUUGCAAGAGUAGUGGAAAAUGCAGUUGUGGGUACAGAAAAUUGUGUUGGAUCAUGAAUGCUUUUAUGUCCUUUUAAAUCUAGUCUUAUCGCAGAGGUUCCUCAGUGUUUGCUGGCAAGCAUGGUUUCAUUACCCUUCGGGAUCUCUUUCGCUGGGCUGAAAGGUACCGAUUAGCAGAACAGAUGGAGAAGGAGUAUGACUGGCUUCAGCAUUUAGCAAAUGACGGUGAGUCUCCACUCGUUUCUUUUCAACUUACACAGCCAGUGUGUCCAGUUCAGUAGCCACAUUUCAACCAUUUUUCAAAAGCGGUGAACAUCCUGAUGAACUGUUGUCUUUCUUUUACUAGGAUUUAUGCUUCUGGCAGGAAGGGUCAGGAAACAAGAAGAAGUUGACGUUAUCCAAACAGUCAUUGAAAAACACUUUAAGAGAAAGCUGCAUCCUCAGCGCCUCUUCUCAGAAGAAAGUGUAAAGAAACAAAUGGGUAAAUUUGAAAAACGCUAACAAUAAUAAAAGAAGAUUUAAUGUUUGGCUAAAGCUAAUUAAUUUGUUUUUGUUUGUUUCCUUUCUCAAACCCAUUACCACUUUGAACCAGCUAAAGCAUCUACGUGGACAUCUAUAAUGGGCGAUGAAUUCAGUCACAUUGUGUGGACUCAAGGGAUGACAAGGCUUGCCAUUUUGGCAGGCCGAGCAUUAGAGUUUGGUGAACCUAUACUUCUGGUUGGAGACACCGGGUAAACCAGUCUUCAAUAUAUUCAUUAUUAGUUUUAUUUAUUUUUUGCGUAGAGCAACAGACAAGUCACUGGAGUUUAAUUGACUGCAAGCUUUUUGUUAUGCAGGUGUGGCAAAACUACUAUUUGUCAGAUAUUUGCAGCAUUGGCUGGUCGGAAAUUACAUUCUGUGAACUGUCACUUGCACAUGGAGACCUCUGACUUCCUGGGUGGACUGCGACCUGUUAGACAGAGAUCAAAGGAUGAGGUAAGUUGGCAUUAUGGUGCCUGAUAUAAUUGAGAGCUUGAAAAAUCCACCAAGUGCAUGUCUGUAAAUGUAUGUAUGUAUGUAUGUACACACACACUUGAUCAGACUUUCCCUUUUUCUUUCAAACAGGAGUUCGAUGGUUCUAGGCUGUUUGAAUGGCAUGAUGGAGCCCUUGUCUUAGCAAUGAGAGAGGAUGGCUUUUUUCUCAUGGAUGAGAUUUCACUGGCAGAUGAUUCUGUUCUUGAAAGACUAAAUAGGUAUGUACUUGAAAACUGGGCAUUUUUUAGUCUGGUGUCUUGGCGUGUCAUUCACAAAUGCAAAUUGGAUAAAUCUUAACUUUUCCCUGGCUUCUUCUGAUUCUUGCUGCUCUGAACAACAAGAGUUGCAAAGCUUCUGUCGAUUAGGCAAGUCUCUAGUGUUUUGUAUGGAUAUUUGGAAAUUUAACGAGAGCAGAUAUUGAGAACGUGGUUUUAUUUCAGCGUCCUUGAAACUGAAAAGACGCUAGUGUUGGCUGAAAAAGCCAGUGAGGACAAUGAAGUAGAACUGCUGACUGCAGGAAAGAAGUUUCGCAUUUUAGCCACAAUGAAUCCUGGCGGUGACUUUGGGAAGAAAGAGGUAAUGUAAGAAAAUGCCGUUCUGUGCUGGUUGCUACUUUCAAUUACCUGUAGUUUUAGGAAUGAAAAAAAUGCUUAUGCCAACUUGGCCUUAGGGUUUUUCUAGAAGUUUGUAAGGCAUUGCAACCAGUCCCACAUCCUACCUUUCCCGGACCCCAGGCUCUUUGAUAGUUACAUUUCCCUUAUCACAUGGCUGUCCUUCGCAGGCUACAGCUGCUUGGGAGCCUCAUGCCCUUAUCUGUAAGAAAGACCACACACAUUCACACUCCCAGUUCUUUUAUUUAUGACCUAAUUACCACAGGGAGGAAGAGACAGGAAAGCUCUUACUACCAGGCCUUUCAAGUCAAGUAGUUACAUUUCAAGGAGUAAAGAGUACUAAAAUAAUAUUAAAUGGUUAGGAAAAGCUGUUUCAGUAUAAAUUCAUAUCUCAUUUGUUUCACCACAUAGUGAUCCUUUGCAGGGGAAGGUGGCCAUCAGACUGAAAAAAGAUUCCCUGCCCCGACCUAGCUCCACAUGGAGCUCUGACAGCUAAUUUGAUUGUUGAUUGUUUGAUUGUUGAUUGUUUGAUUGUUGGAACUGAGUAAAUGUGUUAUUUCCUAGAUAGAUAGAAUUAAUCGGAAAAUGUGGAAAUGGUUGAGAUUAAUAAAAUUAGUGAUGAUGAAGAAAAUGCAGCAUAAAGAAGUGUGGGUUGGUUUGGGAUCCUGUAGUAGAUCAUAUUAUAAGACUAUUAGGAAUUUCAGGGGCAGGAAUUAAUGUCAUUCUCCUCUGGGAAUGUCAUAAAAUAUCAAGACUAUUAAGCUGCAAGUAUGUUUGUAUGAGUAAAUCGUUUUUCUAAGGAUAAAUUAGGUCUAAUAAAACAUUCAUUUAAAAAAAGUAAAACUCAUUUUUAUGCAGUUUUGUUCUUUGACACACACUAUUCUAACCUAUUGUGCUUUUUGAUACUCUCUUACACAUUAUUUAUAGCAAUAUGUUUUCCCUCGUUUUAUAAUUCUUCUGUUUUCUCUUUUUAUCCCAGUAACCCUCUUUGAGGAUUCUUAAAUUUUCCUCUGAGCAGUUCCCUUCAUAAUAACUGCACUUAAUAUUUUCUUGCCCAUAGCUGUCGCCUGCCUUGCGUAAUAGAUUUACAGAAAUAUGGUGUCCGCAAAGUAACAACCGUAUGGAUUUAAUGCAAAUUGUGAACCAUAAUCUUCAUCCAGGACUCUGCUUUGCCAAACAGAAUGAGAAAGGUAAAUAUCAGAGGUAUUCAUUCACCAACUCCAUCACCUACUUAUUCUCUCUGGGUGUCCCUCUGCUUCUAUCAGUAAUGGGAGACCUUUUCAGCACGAGGGUCACAUGCCAGUGUUGGCCAGAUUAAGAAGCACCUCUCCCCUCUUCCUUAAAGCUUUCUCUUCUUACUCUAGUGAGUUUUAGGGCUGCCAUGCUCUGCUGGUUUAAUCACAUUCAGGCAGGAUUUUCCAUCCUCUGUAGGCCAGAAAGAGAAUAGAAAAAAGAAAGAACAGAAAAGAUGUUAACAGUCAAAAGAGACUUUUAUGAAACUGCUAAAGCAGUUUCAAAACCAGUGAAGUGGUUUUGUUGCUGAAAAACGUUCUGCAAUCACUUCUGAGUACCUUUAUCCCUAGUAACCAGCCUGCACUCCUCCGUUUCUGUGUCCCAGUGGGGUUUCCUUCUAAAAGACCUUCUGUUCUUGCAAGUCAGCUUCUCUCAGAUUCUAAAAGCUAAGAAGUUAGUUCAGGCGGUUCUGAAAUAGUCUCACUCUCUUAAACACUGCCCAUAGGUUUUUCUCUAAGCUGAAUAAUAUUCCUGUGGAGAAGUCCCAUGGGACUCCUGCUACAAAUGGCACAGACUGAAGGUACCACUUACCUGUUGUUCAGACGCGACUAGCAGAUAACAGAAAUUGCAAACAGGUGUGAUCUUGCGACACUGCAAUUUUUCACUUGAGAUUUAGUCCAAUGCAUGUUUAUCUGGCAGUAUGACAAAUUGAAUAUAGGAGUGCUUACCUUUGAGUAUGUUUCAGAUGCUGUAUGUUCCAAAUUCUAUACUUGAUAAACCUAGAUUGUGGAAUUGAAAUAUAUUUGCAUAAUACUGGGGUCAUGUUAAGUGCAAAAUCAGUUUCCUUUUGCUUAAAUUUUAUCAUUGCCUGGAGAGUGAUUUAAGGAAGAACAGUUCGAGCUCUUAGUACAUUGAAAGGGAUAAAAAAAAGUUUGGAAUUCAGUGACUAGAUUCUGUGGUAUAGGCAGAGGUUGCUAUGCAUAUUGUCACCAGAGACCUCAUUUGAACACAGCUGUAAGUUGCUGUUGGAAAAAGCUCUUGCAAAUUGAACAUCUAAGGAUUGUUCUAGUCCAAAUAUAUGUGCAUGUUAUACAGGUCUGACCUAGGUUCUUUAUUAUCCAAGGUUUUAAAUGAAGGAUGAAAAAAUAAGUAGUGCUGAUGAAACAUACACUCUUAUUUUUUCUAUCCUUGGCUAUAUUCUCUGCAUUAAGAUGAAUGUUUGUCCUCUUAGGCUUAAAGUAAUGGUCUGGGCCAAAGUUCAGUCACUGUGGACAAAGAGACCAAUGAAGUUGCAGGAUCAAAGCAUGUUUUGAAUUUUGCAUCUGCUGAUUCACUUGUGGAUGGUUUUUUUUAAAAAGCAUUCAACCCUGUCUACUCUUGCAAAUAUUUAUGUAAAAACAUUUAAGCACUUCUAUUCAGUUAUCUUGCAAAAAUUAUGUACAGAGUCCUCUGCAUCCCUUGUGGGUCAUUGUGAAUUACUGCAAAACAUAUUCUGUUUCAGGUCUGUGUCUUAUGUAUUUUUUCUCUUCUCUCCAUCUAAUCACCUUUCCCAGGGGCAGAUAUUGCAGGGCUCAUGAUGGAUUUCAUAGAGUGGCUGACCAAUCAAGAAUUUGGACACCACUGUAUCCUCAGCAUCCGGGAUGUUUUGUCGUGGGUCAGCUUCAUGAAUGCUAUGGCGCAAGACAAACUAUCCAGUUCUUCAGAGGAGCACCAGCUUUUUAGCGUCUGUCCAGUGACAACAUUUGUCCAUGCUGCAUGUCUGGUGUACAUAGAUGGAAUAGGUUCAGGUAUGUCUUCAGUUUCUUUGCUUUAUUUCUGAAUAGUUCAGAUCGUUUAUUGGGGAGGGGGUCCCUCAACCCCUGGAUGAGAACUACGCAAGGGUUUAAAGCAAGUUUGUCAUUUUGGAACAAAAAUAGUAAACGGUCUCAAGACGCAUGCAAGCAACGUAUAGUGUUUGUGCUACAGAGUGUGCAUUACAACCUGUCUACAGAUUUUGGCCAUAUCUUACUGUUAACUAUAUGUUCAUUUCCACCAUUGACAUAUAACUAUCUCUUCUUCCCUCUACCCCCUACGUAGGCACCAUGUCCUGUUUGGCUGGCUCAGCUGCUUUGGCUCGUGAAAAAUGCCUGGAAUAUUUGUGUGGGAAAAUUUCCCAAGUAGUGCAACUCACUGAGGUUCAGAAGAAUGAGCUGAAAAUAUAUGACCUGAAGAGGGAAAGGGAAAUGGUUUGGAUGGAGAACCACAUAGGAAUCCACCCAUUUUUCAUACCAACAGGCAAGGAACUCUUUUGGUGGUAUUGCUGCUGCUGCUGCUGCUGCUGCUGCUGCUGCUGCUGCUGUAGUACAAUUUGAAUGGUGAUGUGCCGCUUACGAUGACUUAAGAGCCGAAUGCGUGAGAGAUGACAAACAUGCAGAAAAAAUAAUUUGUUACAGUCCUUCCAAGACCCUUCCAUUUCUAAUUGAGUGCUUGAAUGCUCUUUUCUCAGAUGAAGGCACUUGGCUUAGACUUCGCUCUGGCAUGCUAGCUUUCGAUAUGCAUGGAGUUUUUAAGAGCUUUAAUGGCGGAGCAUUCAAAUAUUUUACUCCACAAUCUGUAGUUAGAAUUGUUAAGUAUCAUAAUUCUGUGUAUUUCAGAUGUUAAGACAGGAGUGCCGUUGCUUAAUAUAGCUAAGCCUGCACCACCCAUUAAAAAGAGGGGAGAUUAGGGGAGAUUGCAAGAAUACAAAAAACAAAACUUUGGAGGAAAAUCCCUCUGCAUCAAGAUGAAUGUUGAUCUGGUACCAUUAUUCUGUCUGAUGAGCUAGUACUUUUACUGGAGCAAAAAUGUUGAUCAUCUUACCCUGUAAUCUAAUUAAUUUUUUAUUUGCUUUCUCUGUGCUGUAGGCCCUAUUUACCAGAAGAACAAUGUCUCAGACUACGCUCUAAAUGCAGGAACUACAGCAAUGAAUGCACAGCGGUUGUUAAGGGCCUUGCAACUUAACAAGCCCAUUCUCCUGGAAGGCUCUCCAGGUGUUGGGAAAACCAGCCUAGUAGCAGCCUUGGCAAAGGCUUCUGGAAAUUGCCUUGUUAGAAUCAAUCUUUCUGAACAAACGGUAGGUAGGGAUUACUGUGGUCUCCACUGAAAUACCUGUACUUGUGAAUGUGAGAGUCUAUACUUGCAAGUUAACAGGUGUUAAGUUUUCACAAAUCUUGAGAAUACUCCUAAUUGAUUGGGGAGGGGGAAGAUGCUUAGAAAUAGGUAAGUUUAAUAAGGGAUGUAUUGUUGAUUAAUUCUAAGAGGAAGCAUUAUAUUCCUUUUCCUGUCUAGUAAAGGGACACAUUCUGCUAGAAUUGUGAUCCAUCUAUUGGUGUGAAUGAUCAAAACAAACUGCCUAAAAUACAGAUGCAAAGAACCUUGAUCAAAGUUUGCUGCUUGAAUAUUGGUUAAAAUCUUAAUGGUUUAGAAUUAUUUUUCUUUAUUUUUAAAAUUACUCUUGGGUUUCAUUUUUGUUCAUAGAAUGCACUUACUGGCUGAUGCAACAGAUGCAUAGAACAAAAUAUUUAUAACUCUUGGUAUAAAUGCUACUGGAUUAUUACUGCAAGCCUAGGAGAGCUUUUUCUAAAUUGCAAUUGUUUCACAUGCAUUUGGAAACCUUGACUUUUCUUCCUUCUGAUCCAGGACGUCACAGAUUUGUUUGGCACAGACUUACCUGUUGAAGGGGGCAAAGGAGGGGAAUUUGCCUGGCGUGAUGGACCUUUGCUUGCAGCAUUGAAAGCUGGACACUGGAUUGUAUUAGAUGAGGUGAGUUCAGCUUAAUGUAGCACAGAAAAAGGAUUUUCGUUCCUUUUUUGGAAAAUGAGGUCUCUAGCUGUCUCAGUUUGCUGUUUGGGGACUUUAAAAGGCUCUUAUCCAAACAUGGUAAAGUUAACAGUGCAUUCUCCUUACGUGGAGAAAGUAUCCUGGAACAGUCUGCUGCUCCCAUUUAUUCAAGAGGCUGCUCAGAUUUUAUCUUCAGUUUUCCAGUGGGAGAACACACACUUGCUUUUUCUGGGGUGGCAGUUACAGAAGGCGAUUUUGUGGACAAACAGCUUGAGUUCUGUGUCAUGGAUGUGCUGCAGUUUACAGAAGAUUAAAACUACUACUUACCUUUUAAGUGCCGUCUUAGGGCUGAAUUAGCUUGAAAUCAACACUUUCUUAAUAGAAUCCAUAGGAAGUGGCUUUAUAAUAUUGGUCCAUCCAGCUCAGGGUUUCAAACAGUGCCACUUGAAGAUGCUAGCCAUUGAUUCUUGGGACCUUUUUUUGCACACAAGGCAUCUACUCUACCCCUGAGCAAUGGCAUUUAUCUGGGUGGAUUCCGACAGCCUCAUUGACUUCACAGUUGUAUUUACCUUUAGGCUAUGCCAGGCGUGUCCAACAGGUAGAUCAUGAUCUACUGGUAGAUCCUGGUAGAUCUCAGGCCCCUCAGUGAUCUCCUCCUCCCCCUCCCCCCAAAGAAGCUCAACAGCUUUGGCCUCCUAAAAAGCUCAACAACUUUGGUCCCUCCAACAACAAUGGGUAGAUCAUUGCCAGUUUUUUUAUAGUGUGAGUAGAUCACAGUCUUUGGGAGUUGGACGUCCCUGGGCUAUGCUGUUGCUCUUUUGAGUUGUGCAAAAGGAGCUUGAAGCCAAAAGAGUAGCUAAAUAACCAGGGCAUUUGUGUUAAUCUGAAGUUAACUUUUCCUGAGGUAACUACAGUACUUUUGCUUAUUUGCUAUAGAUUUAAAGGUGUUUUGUGGGCAAAAAUGUGUGUUGUGAAGAAGAGGGGCAGUGUAAAUUUUCCUGUUGGUUUCUCUCAAAUAGCUGAACUUGGCUUCUCAGUCGGUACUAGAAGGCCUGAAUGCUUGUUUUGACCAUCGGGCAGAGAUUUACAUUCCUGAGUUGGGAAUGAGCUUCCAUGUGCAACACAAGAAAACAAAGAUCUUUGGAUGCCAGAAUCCCUACAGGCAAGGAGGUGGCAGAAAGGGGUUGCCCAAAUCUUUUCUGAACAGAUUCACACAGGCAAGUCCAUAAUGUCAUUUAAAACUAUUUCUCUUGUCCUCCUUGCAGUUCCUUUCUAAAUGGAAUCAUUUUUAUUUCAUUUGCAAGCGUACUAUGCAUUUUUCUGUGUCUACAUAAAAAUAAUACUUGAGUCUCACCUCCCACCCCAUUUAAUUAUAUUGAUGAUGUAGGUUUUCGUGGACCCUCUCUCAUCCGCAGACAUGGAGUACAUUGGAAAUACCCUGUUUCCUGCUAUUGACAAAAAGAUUAUUGCAAAAAUGGUUGAAUUUAACAACAUGGUAAGUAUAAUUCCUGAAACUCCUCUUGAUGAUGUGAAUGGUCUUCUUAAGGAGAGGGACUUCAGGGUUCUGGUGACUGUCCCCACAAGUCCAAGCCAAUGACUGCUGCAACUAUGUGAAAAGCUGGUCACAGUUUUCAUCCGAACAUGUAUUGGGACAAACUUCAUUUGUAGUCAUUUUCAACUCUGGAGUUGCAGUGGCAUGUAAACUAGCUGGGCUCCACAGAUAACAGCCACUGCAGACUGGGUUUGUAUUUCAUUUUUUGUUGCCUAAUAUGUCAGACAGAACUUCCCUUUUUUUCUUCUUAUGGCAUGUUCCGUUUGUGUGGCUGAGGCUUACUAAGUCUGAGUUCACAUAAAAGUUUCUUUGAGGCUUUCCCCCUAGCAAGUAGGCAUAGAAUCAUACAUGUGUGUCCAAGGUAAGACAACUGCAUGUUGUAUGUGUUUAGGUUUCCCCAGUUAUUCUGGAACAAGAGCAUUCCAUAAAGAUUUUGAAUGGACGGUAAAGAGUGGUGGUAGCUUAGAAGAGCAGUAAAUUAAGUUGAAUGCUUGGCGCGAUGAAUGCUUUCUUGUGCAAUGGCGUUUUAAUAAUCUACCAUGAGCUGAAACACGUCUGAGUUUUUAAUCUUUUGAACUGGUACGUUAUUCAGAUUGAUCAAGAAGUUAUGAUUGAGAAGAAGUGGGGGCAUAAAGGUGGACCUUGGGAGUUUAAUCUGCGUGACCUUUUCCGAUGGUGUCAGCUGAUGCUUGUUGACCAGUCGCCUGGCAGUUACGAUCCAGGCCAACACAUGUUCUUGAUAUACGGGGAAAGAAUGAGAACAAAUACAGACAAGGAGAAGGUAAGGAGCAUGAAAAAUGUGCUUAAUCCUAUUAGUCUUUUCUGUUUUACAAGUAUGGAUAUGUUAAACCAUUCUUGGAUCUUAAACACAAAUUUUACUGAAUUUUUUUGGGUACCUUUUCCCACAUUAUUUGAAACAUUGAAUGACUUCUAUUUAAGAUUAUCUACUUUCCUCCAAGGCCUUGAAUUAGCAUUUCAGUUAAGCAGGUGCAGGAUUUGAAGGGACCUCAUGUAGUUUUAUCACCAUUCAUGUGCUAAGGAUGUGUUAGAGAUAGAUUAAACUCCUGGUACAUUGAGUAAAGAGGGCUUACAGCAAGUGUGUGGAAAGGGAACCUACCUAAGUGUAAUUUCAUUGCGAUUAGGGAGCUUGAUCAGACAAAAUGAUCCCACAGCUUUCUUGCUGUGUCCUGUGCCAACAACUCUCAGAUACCACAAUCAGCCUUUAGUGGAUUUGCAGAAUGCUGUUCUCAUUUUGCUUAUGAUUAGUGCUCAGAAAAAUGGCGUGAAAAAUAAAUGUGGUUUUGAGGGGCAAUUGAAAACUCACUGGCCCCGCAUGUAAGCAGUCUAGUUUUGCAUUCCAGCUUCUCUCAAGCUGAGGCUUAGUUCAGGUUGCAGCUGAGCAUUACAAGCUGGGCAGAUCUGUAUCCUGAAGCAGGUGACGUCAGACUUCAACAAACAACCCAUUUGGAGUUUCCCCGGUUUCUUUUGAAAUCGUUCAUUUGAGAGUUGCUUCAGAUUUAGAAUAUAAGGAUUUCAGCAUUUGUUAUAAAUGUGAUCUUUCAUCUGUUUGUUUGUUUGUUUGUUUGUUUGUUUUAGGUAGUGUGUCUAUUCAGGGACAUUUUUGGUCAGGAUGCUGAACCAUAUAUGGGUUCCAGACAGUUCCACAUCACUCCUUAUGACGUCCAGGUGAGAGAGAACAAAAGUUGCUGCUACUUGGGCAUCUUCUUGAAUUUCUGCUCCACACUAUACAUGCACACUAAUGCACUUGCUUAUUUUGUUUUUAAUUCUACUGAAGGUUGGUUUCUCAAUCCUCUCCCGCGCAAACUAUGCUCCUCCUCCUGGCAGAAACUUAUCCCUGCUUCACCAUUCACUCCAGCCCUUGGAGUCCAUCAUGAAAUGUGUGCAUAUGAGUUGGAUGGUGAUAUUGGUAGGCCCUGCGGCUGCUGGCAAGACCAGCCUCAUUCAGCUUCUAGCAUAUCUGACAGGUCAUCAGUUGAAGAUCAUGGCGAUGAACAGUUCUAUGGAUACAACGGAGCUGUUAGGGGGAUUUGAGCAAGUAAGUGUGCAUUUUUUAAAUUUGGGAAUAAGGACAAGUCAAGUGCAUACAAGAUACCACUUAACUUAAAUUUGAGGAGUAUAUGAAUGGGCAAAGUUUAAAUGUCUUAACUGAAAGCAAGAAAGAAACAUCUCUAAGUGGUUUCCAAAACCGUGCUGAAGGAACCCAGUGGGAAGUGGUGGUUCAAGCAGUGACCAGUGUAAUAAAUGUCCUAUAGGUUGACAUCAUUAGGCCUUGGAAGAGCUUGCUGGAGAAGGUGGAGAACGUUGUAAGCACACUUCUAAGGGACAGCCUCCUCCUCACUGCUAUCUGUCCAGAAGAUGCUGAAAUUGUGCUGCGUGCCUGGAGCAGUUUCGUUCUAAAUUUCAAGCCAAAGUCCCUUGGGGAAGGGAAUCAAAACAUAACCAUUGAACUGGUGAACAAAUUGGAGGGAGUCCUUGCACUGGUCCAGCGGCUGAACAACAAGAUCAGCUCCUACUCAAAGCCAGGUAUGCACAGAAGCAGUAGGAAGUGAUAGCGUUUUUCCCUUUUAAAAUGUCAUCAGCUAAGCAUGUGCAAAUUCCAGUUGCUGCAUGCCACCAGAGAAGGCAAAAACCACAAAGCAUUUUAAAGACUGCUCUGAUGUUACAAGGAAGACAUUUUCAUGGCGAGAGAUGGUGUGUCUUUAUGGAGCAGUUGUCAACUGAGAUAAAUGUGUACAAAUGUGACCAGAGGAAAAGUAUGAGUAUUUGUGGUGCCACAUGGUCUAGACAUGUGUGCAACCACCUCUCUAUUCUCCUGCACCCACUGGCAUUCAGCCGAAGUGUGCAGGAACUUUACAUGUACAGUGAUGAAUGCACAUAGAGCACUUGUGAGCAAGCCACCCAGGUCCAUAUUUAUUAAAGCUACAUAAUCUGCGGAAGCACAAAGCAUAAUUAUUUGCUUCCUUAAAGAUUUUUCCAGCCUCCAUCACAGUUAUGGUUGCUCUGCUCCCCCACACCAGUUAGCAAUAGUCUAUUAUGUUUAUCAUUCUGUGAAUAUUAAAGACAUUCUCCCUUUUUAAUGAAAACCUGGUUGAUCUACAUGCAUUAGUUUAGACAUCACAUCUUGUCGAAGCUAAUGCAAAGAUCUUAUGAUCACAACUGAACAAAGAAAGAGGGACUGUUUGUCUAAGUUGGCGAAGGAUACUAGACUAAAUGUAGUUGUGAAAAGCACUCUGUGUGAAUCUUGAGUACUGGCUUAUUGGUUCAUUGAAUCAUAUUCUAAGUAUCUCUCCCCCCGAUUUUAGAGUUUUCAAGACUUGUAGAAGAAUUUCGGCACUUCAAGCUGCAGGUUAUUCAGUAUAUGAGCAGCAGCAACCACGGCACAUUUGAAUGGGUUGAUGGGAUGUUGGUUCAUGCUUUACAGUCCGGAGAAUGGCUCUUGAUGGACAAUGUUAACUUCUGCAGGUAAGCGUAACUGUGUUGUUAGAAAGAAAUUAUCAUAAAUAUAGAAAACCAUAUUGGAUAAACGUCAUUGAAUCUCUGUUACAAAUCAUGUCCCAGAUCAAAGAGAGAAAUUCAAGGAGUAGAUCAUCAUUUACUGUUUCAAAGGAAACUGGAUUAUACAGUUAUCUCCCAUCUACUCAAUGAGGUCCUUUGCUCCAGCAGACACUUCCGUGAACAGAAGGGGGAAGUCAUAAGGCAAUAUUUGCUUAUUUCUCCCUUCUCUCUGUAGCCUGCUGUGACACCCCCCCCCAAAAAAAAGAAUUCCUGCUCCAGAGGGUUAGGGAACACUUUGGAAAAGGAGGAGGCAAUGCAGAAGAAAGGGGGAAGUUUGCAAAAAAUUGCACAAAUUGCUUUCCCCUCCCUUCCAGUCACAGAAGCAUCCACUGGGGCAAAGAGUCUUUGUUGAGCAGAGGGGACAGAACUGGAUACCAUCCCAUGACAUUUCUGCAUUACUUCCAUAUAUCUGAUCCUAUAAAACUGAUCAGAUUGAGCAGGGCGGGGGGGGGGGGGGCAGGAAUACGCCUUCCAUUAUGAAGCCAAAUGAAUGCUUGCAGUUGUUAGUAAAUCAGUGAGCCACCUUUAGUGCUUAAUUGUUCCUUUACUUCUUGUGUGUAGUCCUUCUGUGCUGGACCGCUUGAAUGCUCUGCUUGAACCUGGAGGAGUCCUCACCAUGAGUGAAAGAGGAGUGAUCGAUGGUGUAACCCCCACUAUCACACCACAUCCAAAUUUCAGGUGCUCUGACAUUCUUUGUGCUUAUUGGAGUGUGUUGUUGGAUUAUGCUUUGAGAGUUGCAGUAUUCAUUGGGGUGGGAACACCGUCUCUUUAAGGUAUCACUACUGCAGCCUAGAAAAUAAGUGUAGGUUUGAUCAUCACUCAGCUGGGUCAACAAAGUGAUGUAUUGCUUGAUAGUUUUCUCUUAGCACCCCCCCCUUUUUUUUUUACAACAAGGUCAUUUGUCUUCCUUUGCUGGGCAGCAAAGCAGUGUGAUGCACGAAUGCUAGUCUCCACCUUCUCUGAACUGCAUGUGUAUAUGCAGGCACGCACGCACACAUACGUUUUCAUUCUCUGCUUAAUUAUUGCCUUUAGAUUGUUACUGGAUUCUUGUGUUUUUUAAAAAAUAAUUUCCUCCUUUUCUGUAUAAAGCCUAGAGAGCAUUUGCUAUUUGGGUGUCCAGCAAGUUUAAUAAAGCAGGUUGGGGAGGUUGGUUGGUUAGAGUGCGGUGUUGAUAAUGCCAAGGUUGCAGGCUUGAUCCCUGUAUAGGGACAGUUGCAUAUUCCUUCACUGCAGGGGGCUGGAAUCAAUGAUCCUCAGGGUCCCUUCCAACUCUACAAUUCUUUGAUUCUAAGUAGGAUAAGGAGAGGAGGAAGCCAUGAAAGUAGCAGCCACAACAUGCUUCUGUGUUCACCUAGCCAAGACAGUAGAACAGUGUGGUUAGUUCCCUUUUCUGCCAAGGCAGAGUUCCCUGGUGGUGGAGAGGAGGCAGUUCAGGGGUGCAAUAAGCAUUUUUAAAAAAAACUUUGUGCAUAGGGAAGAGCCAGACAAACCAAGUACCCCUCUAAUAGAAUCUCAGCUUAGAAAUGUACUGUUGGUAUUGCUCUUAUCAAGGUGAUAACCUUGAUUGCUAAACAUUGCAGGCAAGUGCCUAAUUGCAAGGCUGUAGUGUGACCUCUUCCUCGCUCGCUCCACCCUAGGAGCAGCAGUGUAAGAUUACAUACUGGAUGGGUAACUUAAAUAACCAUACUCUCUUAUGUGUAUUGAAACUUAAAAAGGCUUUUCCUUUCGAUGGAUCCAUCACACGGUGAAAUAUCCCGAGCCAUGCGGAAUCGUGGAAUUGAGAUCUACGUUCCUGGAGAGAGUGAUUCAUUGGAUCUUCACGAUGUGAAGCUGCUGCUUCAUGGAAUGGGCUUGUUUGGAAGCAGCAUAUGUGAUGAACUCGUGGCUGUGCAUACAGAAGUUAAGGAAAGCAUAGCAGGUGAGAUAAGCAUGCAUAAUAAACUUGGCAAGCACUAAAGAGAAUAACUUCUAUUUAGUGAUUGUGUUAGAGACCAUCUGAGAGAGAAUGAAUUGGGAAAUUUUGAUUAUGAUAUCAGAUUUAUAAUACGGAAGUUAACUCAGGUAGGUGGUUUGAAAAAGGGGGAAAGCAAAAAAAAAUGGUUAAAUUCCUAGGCAUUCUACAAAGGUGCUUGGUGGGUUGUAAUGUUAAUAUUUCCUUCUCAGGUUCCUCUUACACUCUAUCUGCUUUGAUUAAUGCUGCAACGCUGAUCGUGCAGCAGUUGCGCCGAGGAUUCGGUUUAGCAAAGAGCUUCUAUAAAGCGUGUUGGGACAUCUACGUCAGUUCACAACAGUCAGGAGACAAUCAAAAGGUAAGUCUUCCUCCGUUGGAAAUGUGCUCAUCAAGUGUUUGUGCUAGAGAGUCAACUUUUGCAAAAUCAGUGAGAGACAGUUCAAAGUCUGAGCAAUCAAGAAUUAGAGACCGUGUAUAUAUCUAUCUUUUCAAACUAACUGCUACAUUUUAAUUGUUUUCCAUGCCUGAGAAAAAUGUUACAGAAAGAAGACUACUGUUGUUGUUUUUCCCAGUUGAAGAACCUAAUCGCAACCCUUUGUCUCUCCUGAUAUACUAGCAUAUGCUGGACUUGAUAAUGAAGCAUGUUUCAGUCUUGGAAUCAGAGGAAACGAGGGGUGCUUCCCUCCUUGCCUUAGGAUUGUGGCCAGAUUCUGCAUCCAGUGCUUUGUUUGCAGCUGAAGAUUCUCUGCUUUCUAUGGUUCAUCACGAUGGCCAGGUCCUGGCUUACUGCCUGAACAGGCUGAAUCUGAGAAACAGCAGGUGAGCACAAGGUGUUGCUAUCCCUCUGGAAAUAUAAGAGUGAACUGUUCCAGGUUAAUUGGUGAGCAGCCUUUUGCCUGCCCCUCUAUGUAAAUAAGUGAGCAACGUUAGCAGUUACAUCUGCACUGGGCUACCAUAGUUAAGGCCGUUUUCCUGCCUCCACUCUCUUUGUUUACAAGGUAGCAAGCAGCUCACAUUCCCUAUACCUGCGAAGCUUAAGCUGCUUUCAAAUGUGGGGUUUAUUGUGUUGCUAUUUUGGUUAUAAUGCUAGCCCUGCUCUACUGGUUUCUAACAUUCCUUUCACACUGCAUUACCUGUUGCAUUAUGGAACCGUGGCUUUUUGAUGGAUAUACCACCAUGUCAUGCUAAAAGUCAUUCUCACCAGUGGGCGUGACGUGACGGGUGUCAUUGGGCAUUUCACCCCCCUCUAUAUGCAUACAUGCUUCAGUUCCCCCAUUGUUCACCCAUGAAAAUGUUGGGGGGAGGGGAACUGUAUGAUGGACUACCUACUCUCCUAGAUUUCAUCACAUGAAAAUGGCAGGGAAAUUACAGCUCAAAACUACUGAGAUAUUCCAGGUUAAUGGGGUGGUGCACAGUUGCUGUUGUUUUUCUGGAAGCAGUUAACAUGGAAAUGAGCAUUGAACUUCCAUUAGGUCCCACAGAUUUCCAGAUAUGUCUUACAUCAUGUGAAAGAUCACAUAAAAUGUGGGUGUUACCACAUUUUUUAAUAGUGCAUGUUGGGAAAAUGGAAUACUGUAAAGCGUCAAUUCUGGAUGUGGCAAUAGUUUGAAAGCAUGGUUUCAGUGUCCAGCUGGGAUUUUACUCAGAGUUAAGGCAGCACACCAUGGUUACUUCUAACAUGUUUAGAGGUUAAAUCUCCUCUAGGCCUUUGGAAAUUGUAUAGAUGGUUUGUUCUUUGCAUAGGUAUGAUCUUCUUAUAAUGACCUCUCGUUUCAGGACGCUGCCUCUCACUAUACAUGACUUUGAGAAAAUCCUGCACUCUCCUAAUCCAGAUUGCCUCAAAUUUGGUGCAGUGGAAGCUAGUGCCUCUUGGGCAGACGGCAUGGAGGUCCUUUCUGCAGCCGUUAAGUUAUUCAUAGAGAAAGCAACGAAUCAAGACUGGACGUUGAGAGUUGGGUGGCUUAAUCAGUUAAAAAAGAAUUUGCCACAAGUGCCUGGUAAGUGUUGACUCUUGCUGCUUAAGCAAGACUAAUCUGAAUGUUUGUGGUGGUGGAAGAGAAUCAUGCAGCACGAUCCUAUGCUUGAGUUUUGUAAGUAAAUGUAGAGAGAUGGAGGAAGUCAAAAGCACAGCGUCACCAGAAUAGUGUGUGCAAUAAGUGAGUGAAAGGAAAUAGUGUUUCAUGGCCAAAAAAAUAAAUAAAAAUUGAUUAGACUCUCAACCCCAAAACUGGAAUUUCUUGGCUCUAUGGCCUGCAGCUUCUUCUUGGCCUCUGAUAAUAAUAACCAUACCCAUCUGGCUGGGUUUCCCUAGCUCACAACUGAUUUCAUAUGUUGAUACCAAUUCAGCUUUAUCUUGAUUAAUUGACUGCAUUCUCCGCAGGGGUUGGCUUUCUUCUCACAGCUACCCCAUGAAUACCCCACUCAUUCAGGUUGCCAGACUUUCAGUGCGUCACCUGAUGUGUAAGGAGCUGCAGCUAAUAGGAAGUAGUGCCCCCCCAAAUAUAUGCACAGGAGCACUUGGUCCUUAAGCAUGGGUGGAAGGGGCUCUGGGAUUGGAUCGCAGCAGAAUCCUUUGGCAGUCCAGGUGUUUUGAUUCAUGGGACCCACCACGUUUAAUUGAAAUUACACUGUUCUGUUCGUUUCACUCGUUUUAUAAUUGUAAUGGCUCUAUCUGUUUUCAUCAUUGUGCUAUUGCUGCAACCUGCCCUGACGAUGAAGGGCGAGUAAGAAUUCUUACCAGCAUAUAAAUAAAAAUAAUAAGCUUAGAAAGGCAUGAAUUCACAGGUUGUAUUCUUUCUACAGAUUCAGUGUAUACUCAGCUGGAAGCCGGUGCGGCAUCUCUGAAUAAUUUUUACUUCAGUCCCCUCUCAGGUGCGAUCAGUAAUGUAAUAAAGUUGCUGCAACCAAAUAUGACCGGUAAGAUGUCUUCUUUCUCUCUCGGCUGCGAGUGUGUAUUCUCUUCCUGUGUUUUUGAUACAGUGAAGAUUGAUUUGCGAUAUUGAUGAGGUUAUGGGGAGUGAAACGUAGCUUGCAACAGAACUGAGUGGGCUGUGUUUUGUUUUGUUUUUUAAAAAAAACACCUUUCAUUGGACUUAGAAAAUGUUACUCUGCAUAAAAUAAGACACAGUAAAUUGCAUAUUGGAACCUGCCCCACGUUCGUUCCCAUUUAAACAAAUCUCUCCUUUACACAGUAAACAUGUGUUAGAUGUCUUGCAUCAUGUUCAUGCUGAUGCAUAUUGCUUGCUCUAUUUCUUGGAUUGAGGGAAUUGGAAAAUGUUUAUAAUGAAAACAAACGUGAGUUUUCCUUGUUGUUCAUCUAUCAAAACAGAUGAGCAUGUGAUUCCUAUGGAUCCCAGAUGGAACAUGCAGUGUUUGGAUAUCAUUAGCAAUUCAGUGGACUUUGAAGCAGAAGAACACUCGGAUCAACUGCUUAUGCUGCUGAAAUCACUUUCAAAUCGGUGAGUUCAGUCACACAUGUGCUAUUUCCGGGAUGGGGAAACCCUGUGGCCCUUCAGGUGUUUUUGGUCUCCCAACUCUCCCCAUAUGCUUCAGCCAUGGCCGAUGGCCAGGCAUGAUGGGUGUUGUAGUUCCAGCAACAUGUGGAGGACCAAUUGGUAUCCACCUUCGUUCUGUUAUUUUGAUUAGAAAAGUUAGUUUGCCAUUUCCACGUUCUAUAAUAAUGUCUUUCCCUUUUUAAGUUGGUCGAAAGUCUAUAUUUGUCACAGAUUCACCCCCUCCCCCAACUGCUAAAAAAAACCAACCAAUCAAUCCCUGGCUAUGUUUUCUUUUGGAAGGCAAGUUGUAAGGCAGCUUUCACUAACCUGGUGCCCUUAAGAAGUUUUGGACUACAGUUCCCAUCAGCCACAGCUAUGCUGUGCUGGGACUGAUAGGAGUUGUAGUCCAAAACAUCUUAAGGGCACCAGGUUGAUGAAGGCUGGUGUAAUGUACAAUCUAGAAAAAGUCGGGUACCCUUAUGCUCACUGAUAAUCCAAAAUCUAAGAGUACAGUUACAUCAGAGCCUUUAUUUCACAAGGAAACUCAUUUUUACAUAAAUCAUUCCGAAUAUUCAUGCAUCUUCUGCCUUUAACCACUGCCGUAGUCAGAAUUCUUUCCUCCUGUUUUGCUUGUCUAAUGCAGAUUAUAAAUUCUCUAUUCAGGAUCCAUUUCACAUUAGUAUUUUGUAGUGUCUAAUGCUUUCUCUGCAUUAUGUAUAUGUUAAAUAGUCCCAACAUGAUUCAAUUUGUGGGUUGUUAGCUUCCUCUUAACAAGAUUUUGAUUUACUAUUGACAUAACUUAAAUGAUAUUCGUGUGGGUUUGUUGUGUUGUGAUUACAGGGCAAUACUGUUUCUGGACCGUGAGAAAAAGAGCUAUGUUGAAAGGAGCCUGAUUAAUACCAAAAAGCCAAGAACUAGUGCUUUGAGGAUGUCACUGGAGUUCCAUAAAGGUAUCUAUUGUGUUUCCAUUUAAAAAUUACAUAAACGAAUCACUGGUGUUGUUUUUGUAGCACGGUGCUUGGAUACAGUUCUGCAUUUUAUUUUGGUUUAAUUUUCUGCAUUGUCUUUUGGUUUAAUUUUAUUCUUGAAAUGAAGAUCCCGGCAGCCACAGCUCACUGCCGCAUGCUAUUGUGGUGAACCUCGCAGGCUUUUUUGAACUUUGGGAUGCCUUCGUGCUGAACUGGGUGAAGUCUACUCAAGGGUCUGUGUCUGAUGAAAAAAUGUAUGAAGUAAGUAGACCAUGCAAAUGUCUGGGGUCACUCAUUGCUUGGACUUUAGGAGCUGUCCACUUGCUUUCCCUGUGUUACGGUCUCUGAUAUUUUUGUCAUACCAUUUUGUUUGAAAGUGGAAACCUGGAAAGAGGACAUGAAAUCCACCUGUCUUUUCCAGUUGCUUGGAGGAUCGGGCACAGUGGUUAGUCACAUUCAAGAGAUUCCUCUGACUUAGGAAUAAGAGCUUGUCUAAAACAGAUAAAUGUUUUGCCUAGUUUGAACUGUAGGGAAAUAGUGUGUCCCUGUAAAUAUAAGUACAUUCCAGAACAAAGCCAAGGAUCCAUGAAUGAUUGCAGAAAUGGAAAGCUGAUCAUCUUCAUGCCAAAGGAUAAGCUAAAUUGCAAGAACUGCAGUGCUCCAGCUUUCUGUUUUUCUGGUCUAAUUUAGGAUGUUAGAUCAGAGAAAUUUGUUUCCAGAAAGAUACUGUUUUCUGGAGCACAGCCUGGAUGGGUCAUGGAAGCUGCCUUAAGAGAUUCUCUGAGCAAGGACCACAGGGAGUCUACGUCAGGCUCAUAGCUCAGUGGGUGAAGUGCAAGAGGUUACCCUCCUGAUACACCGAAGGUUGGAAUGUGCAAUUUUUGUCUAGCAGCUUGUGUUAUCCUAGACUUGCACCUUUUCCAUCUCAGACGUAAAGUCUCAGGAAUGAAGGUGUCUUUCUGCUCAAACAAGGCCCUUUUAGAUUUAAAAUAUCUGUCAUUUCCUAAUGAUAAAAGAGCAAUGCUCUCCACCUGAAAAAGCAUUACUGUGUGCAUCAUGGAAUGGAAGACUCAUUUUUUUUCUGGCUUGCCUCUAGAUACUGCACUGUUUAUUGUGGCGUGACAGGUUUUGGACGAUAUCUGACAUGGUUGCUGUGGAUUCCUCUGGCUUAGCACUCCUGUCUCUUCACUGGCACUGGGUUGUGAAACAUUUAAUCAGCAGGACAACUAAGUUGCUGAGCACAUAUGAGCAGCAGAAGUAUGUUGUCUUUAGCUUGUACACCAAUGCAUUAAAUCUGAAGGCAGCCUUCUAUAGGGAAGCUUUUUAAGGUUUAAUGUUUUAUUAUGUUUCCUAUAUAUGUUGAAAUGGCUGGGAUUAGAAGGUAUAAAGUCCCUGCACAGAGGUAUUCUUAGUGUUCCCUGUAGGUAAUGAUGUCAAGAGGGCUAUGUACCAUCUAUAAUUCAGUUUUAUUAGCAAACCUGAGCUUAAACUAACCCCUUUCCAGCCCUAGGAGGAGUGUGGGGAGUGUUUGCGUGACACACCUACACACUGCAGCCGACACACUAAUGUGUCGUGACACACUGUUUGGAAAGCUCUGAACUGGGGAAAUGAGGUUUCAUAGGUUGCUGUAUAUCCAGGCUGCAUGCAUGGUUUGAUGACCAAUCUUACCUUUUCUCAGUUUUCUGUAUAAACAAUUAUUCCUUCUCUUAUUUUAAGGCUGCCCAAGGAUAUUCAGUCUGCCUCACAACAAAUCCAGGCUUGCCUAGCCAAUCCUGCUGGUGUUUCUGCUAGUGUUAAGAAGCUGCAGAAGUUUUGGGGAAGACCUCUUCCAUUCAAGGUGCAAUGUAUUUAUAUGUAACUGAGUACUGUUGACUUCUAUGGAGGUUUCUCUUUGGUAAUACGUUUUAGAAAAACUGUUGUAUUACACUGCUACCCUACCCAUCUAGAAUUAUUUAAGGAACUCGUGUCUCAGAGUUACAGAACUGCUUAUAGAUAUUUAAGAAGGUGAUCAAGUGAGUGUAUGGAUUUAGAAAUAUAAAUACUCUCCUUUCAAGAAAAGUUAGAUCAGACUUACUAAACACCCUACAGCGAGAGCUAUAAUUAAGUAUCAUCAUCAUCAUCAUCAUCAUCAUCAUCAUCAUUUAUUAUUUAUACCCCACCCAUCUGGCUGGGUUUCAAUCUUCGCAUUCGUGCCUGAAAACCCAGAGAGCUUACUGCCAUUCAGUGCACACAGUACUUGGGUAGAUGGACCAAUCAGCUGACUUGUUUUCUGUGUUCCUAGAUAGCAGUUCCUAGUACAGUAUAUCACUUUUGAAUAUACUUGCACAGCUAUACAAAUGCUCAGGCAGCAGAUUUUUUAGUAGCAUGCUUGUGCAGAAGCUGUGAGACCAAUGGGGCCUGGCUUAGGAAAUGAAGCAAACCGUUGAUCCUGCCUGUCCUGUCCUGCAGCGCUGCUUCUGUUAACCGGACGCAAAAGUACCCACUCUCUUAGACAGAGUACUGCAUACAUACCAAAGUGUGCACCCUUAGUGUGGGGCAUUCUCAUGCUUUGGACUUUGGCACAAUUGGCUAAACGGUUGACUGCUGCUUGCAUGCAUAUAAAUUAUAUGCACCCCUUCAGUCUUUACAGAAGAGGUCAGCAUAAGUGGUCUCUAUCAUGCGUUUUAGUAAAACAAAACAAAAUAGUGUUCAGUCUAUUGAGUUGGGAGUUGCCACUUUUAUUUUUAUUCAACUUAUUCAGGAUGUAGGAGUAGUGGAUGCGUCUGUUCAGUUGCGGAAAAUUUCCAAAGCGCUUAAUGUCCAGGAGCUGAGGCCCGCUAUUGGAGAUGGCGAAUGGCAGAAGGAGGUCUGUAUUCUGAAAAUGGCCGCCACAGAGUGGAAAAUCAAGACUGCAUUGCUCCAGGCUCAAGGCCUAGUUCUCAGAGCCAAUAAUUUGAAGGAUGUCAUUUCAGGUAAAUGAUUUAUUUGUGGUCAGGUGGAGCGAAGAACACCUCAUAAUGUUUGUACUACAGGUUACUUCAAAUAUGUAUUUUCAUGUUCAUAUAGUAAGCUUCCGUGUUUCCUGCAAAUGAACAUAAAAAUCCAGAUAAAAUUCAUAUUUCCAGGUUUGUAUUUUCCCCCCUGUUUUUGCCUUAAAUCUUAUUUUGGUACAAGAUUUUAGUUGCAGUCUAUUUCUGUUCUUUAUUUCUUUCAGAUGAGUUAUGGGCUCUGGUGAAUCUCCAGCAGUCAAAGCUGAGGGAAGGAGGUGUCUUGCUUGAGCCUCUCAAAGAAAAGCCUGCUGAAGGCAAACAGGUCGAUUCUAGUUUGAUAACUCAGCUCUGCAAUAAGGUGCAACUGUGGCCUGCAAUGGAGUAUCUAGCUGUGCUUUGGCAGUACAAGCUAACCACUGAUUGUAUAGCUGAGGCUUCUUUGCAAAGGUGAGGGCAAGUUUUCUGUGAUGGAGCAAAAGGUUUCUGGGAUUCAUGUAAGGUCGAUUAUCCAGCCUUUCCCUUCCUUAAGCUUUUGUAGUCUUUUUAUCUUGUGGUUUGCCAUGGCUCUGUCAGGUAGCAAAUUCAUGAACGCGCACUCUGAGCUAGAAUGUCUCAAGAUGUUUUUAAACCUCAAUUCUGCUGACAGAAAUGCAAGUAACUUUGAAUUGGGGAGAAUUUCAGAAUUUAUGUCUCAAAAGGAUUAUGAGACAUUCUGAACAUUUCUGAAUAGGACCAGGGUGAUUUUGAAUGUGGGACUUUCCUUUAAUUUCUAAUUGACGUGAUUGACGUGUUGCGUCUUUCCUCUUUCAGUAUUUUUGUACCUUGGUGUGUAUACAAACUGUCAAUGAAUACCCAUGCCUUUUCUUUUCUCAGGAAUGAUAGCAGUCAACAAUCAAGCCUAUGUUCAGAAAUAAGGCAAUUUAUUGCUUUCUGCCUUAAGUUUACACCAUCUACCUCACAACAGCUUCAAGGCCUUUAUUACUUGUUAGACUCUCAAAAGGUAAGAACAAGUGUUAAGUUCAGAAAACUCCCCUUCCCUUUUCAUUUUUCUUUUCUUUAUUCACAUUGCACUGUAUUCUCCAAUCCAGGACAGAGACCUGCAACAUACAAAACAAGGGAAAAUGUAAUAUGAUAUCAAAAGGGGCUGUAUUAUAGUGCUCUGCACAUUCUCAUUCUCAUUGUCAGUGUCAAACACCUGGGUACUUUUUAUCUCUAUUAUUAUUAUCAUAAGGGAUGCGGGUGGCGCUGUGGGUUAAACCACAGAGCGUAGGACCUGCCGAUCAGAAGGUCGGCAGUUCGAAUCCCCGCAAUGGCGUGAGCUCCUGUUGCUCGGUCCCUGCUCCUGCCAACUUAGCAGUUCAAAAGCACGUCAAAGUGCAAGGAGAUAAAUAGGUACCGCUCCGGCGGGAAGGUAAACAGCGUUUCCGUGUGCUGCUCUGGUUCGCCAGAAGCGGCUAGUCAUGCUGGCCACAUGACCCGGAAGCUGUACGCCGGCUCCCUCGGCCAAUAAAGCAAGAUGAGCGCCGCAACCCUAGAGUCGGCCAUGACUGGAUCUAAUGGUCAGGGGUCCCUUUACUUUUAUUAUUAUCAUCAUUAUUUUCUUCUUUGUCGUUCAGAUUUUGAGUAAUUUAUGUAAAGAAUUAAAAAAUCAAAUUGACAUAAAUUUAACUGUUACUUAAUAAAAGUAGCAGCUAGGUGGGGGUCAGGGGAGAAUGACAAACUAACUUCCUGGCAUUCAAACAGAAGUCCUUGAUUGACUUCCCGUAUUUAUUUUUGGAUAAACUGUGUGUUUAGCGAGAACUAAACAACGGGAAAAUUGAAAGUAGGUAAGAUGGCUCUAAAAAGCAUCCACUGUGGAUUAAGGAGCCAACAUUUCUCCUCUCUUGCCCCCUUACUUUGUUUCCUUAACCUUGCUACCUGGUGAGCAUCUCUGGUUUCAGUUGUCCAGUGUGCUGGAAACCAUCUUCAAGAAUCAGCUAGCAUUUUGUGGUUGCUUGCAAAUUUUUAGGAGUGGGAAAGUUCUUUCCUUUUGCUUGAUUCAUUGUUAAACUCUUUGUACUGCUAUAAGUUUUUAUGGCACUCUUUCUCCCUUCCCCCCAUGCUAUUUGCUUGCUCCUAUGUAGGCUGCAUCACUUUUGGUGUACUAUUCCCAGUGCAUCUGGAUCAGUUUCCUCUAUUCACUCCCAUUUAUUGCUUGUCCAGAGAAUGCUGCAGUAAGCCCUUAACUAUAACUAGUUGAACAAUGUGGCGGUGGUGGUGUUUUCUGUCUUAAGUUCUCUCUUAGGGCCAAGGGAGAACCUUACUUUCAUAUCUGAUGCAGGAAAUGCUUCCUGUCCUUAAUAACAAAGCUAAGGAAAAUUCUAGCUGAUGUGGUUGGCCCCUGAAAAGUAAAACUUGUGCACACUUCCAUUAGAACGCUUAAAAAGCGGAGGCAAACAUUGAGAGUCUCUUUAAGUCUUCUUCACUUUCAUCUUGCGCUUUUAGGUCUCUGCAGAAGAAAUUUCUCUCGUGUGGUCAGAACUAGUGAAUGCUGCUUUAGUAGCGUUCUGGAGCAGUGUCGUUACUACAAAUCCAGAGCGCUGGUUGACUUGGCAGCCGCUGUCUGUGAAAGAGAAGAAGAUGCCCAAAUCUCUCAUGGACUGUUCUGUUCAGGUUUGUGUGAGGAAACUUGCAUUUUUUAAAGGGUUAGGGUAAGACUCUAUUGUCAGGGCAGGAACUUAUUAUACGAUAAACUAUUCUACAGAAUAGUGUAGGACCUUCAACAAAAUGAUGCACUGCCAAGUGCUCCUGAUCACAAUUCCAGCCAGCCAUGCUUUCUUUUAGGUUACUCCAUUCUGUCACCUCAUUUAAUUUUUUCCUCUCCUAAUUGUGAGUCCUCUCUGCCCACUGAGCAUGCUCAGUCUUCACUCAGUUUUCCCUGUUACAAUUUUUUCUGGAGAUCUUUUUUGGGGUGGGGUGGGGUGGAGUGUACUUCUGCACAUAUCGAGUUUCCUACAAACUUUCUAAUAGUUCCUUCUUGUGAAUGAAUGGUGCCAUUUUGAUGUCACAUAGAGAAUGGGUUCACUAUUCAUUCAGAGGAUUGAAAGUAUUCACUCCCAUUGCUUGGAGUGUGAAUUAGCUACUAGAACUGAUCCCAAGGAAGGCUCUGCUAUUUAUAGCUUAUGCGGGUUUAAAAUACAGCAUUAAUAUAAAAUAAAGCGUUAAUGCUCCUAAAGUGCUUUUGAGCUGCCUGUUAAGCAGGAGAUGUUUGUGACAAGCUGCAAUCUGGAUAAUUCUUCCAUGCAACUGAUGCUAAAUUCAGGGGAACUUGGAUUUGCUUUUUAAACAAAGCUUGAAAAGGAGCCUGACAACUUGAACAAAAAACUAAACCCAUUUUCUACGCCCUGUCCAAAAAUCCAGCUGGACAUUUCAUAUUUGAACGACUUGUGCAAAAUUAGCAAAGUUCCUGUCAGUAUGUUCACUUUUGUUUGCAUUUUUCUGUAGUGGUCAAUGAAAGUCAUUGAUUGGAGACAGUGCAGGAGAUAAAGGAACACAGUUGAGAUGAGACUAGAUUCACUUCUCCCUAUCAAAUAUUUUGAUUAUCAGAAUGCCGGGGGUGGGAUGACAGGUUUUUCUCCCACCGUAGAGGACAGGUAGACAAAUAGCAUAAACCCUGCAUUAGAAGAUGGGGAAGUGUCUUUUAAAUAAACUUAAUUAGGAAAUAUAUUUAGCAAAAUUACAGAUUUUGGGAUUAUUUUAUUGCUGAAGGUAGGGAUUAGUUUAAUGCUUAUGCACGGUAUUUUAAAUACGGGUGGGAUGUUGGUUUGGAAAUCCUGUUUUGCAUCCACCCAAUCUGGUGCACCACUUAAAUUUCAGUGACUUUCAGUGGGUUCCAAUGUUCCAAUGAUGAUGUUGUUUUUUGGUAACAUGUUCCCCAAAAUGUUCUGACAUUUCCAAGUCUGUGACCUGCCCUUUUUAAAAAUAAAAUAUAAAAUGUGGAAACCUUUAUCAAUGCUAUAAAUAUAUGUUUUGAUCUUUAUUAAUUUAGGGUGUGGGUAUUUUGAGUCGAGCAGUUUUCUCCAAGUGCCUCUCUGAAAUUCUAACUAGCAGCAGCAAGUGGAGCCAGUGGGAUGUGACCGGCCUUCCUGUCCUGUCCGCCUCCAACGUCACACUGGGAGAGCGGCUGGAGAGAGCACAGCAGCUUCAGGAAGUCAGCACAGUUCUGUGGACCAACUUGCCCUUUUCUUCCAUGGCUGAAUUUAGGUACUGCAUUAAGAAACAAAGCCAGGGGGUCAGGAGAGAUAGAUGCUUUGUACCCUUGGUUAACAGCUGGUCGUAAAAGAGAAGCACACCUGAGGAUGUGGUGGGCAGGUGGCUGGACUCCCCACCCUACUGUAGAGAUAGUUCUCUUGUCUCUAUGUUGGCAGCAGAGGCCUAGGUGAUACCUAUCCAGUAGCCUGAUUAAGCUCUAGGGACUUUCCAGUUGCAGAUCUCUUCUUCAUCCUUAUUUGGAACAUCUCUUUCUUCUUUCAGGUUUACAGAUUCCAGGUUCCAAGGUGUCAUGUUGCAUAGGCAACUCGUAGUUCUUAAAGGCCUGGUUCCGGCAGAACAGCAGGAGGAAUAUCUCCGGAACUGCAAUAAGGUUUCCUCCAAGAGCCCAGCGGCGUUUCAGUACAUUUGCAAAGUGCUCAGGGAUGCUGCUGCCCGGGAAAUAUUGCCUGAGCAUAUCGUCUGCAUCUGGCUGACUUGCUUGCAGCAGUUCUUUGGGCAUGAAGGGGGGCUGCAGAACUUGCCCGAAACGGCUCGGCGAGGCAGUCUCUGGGUCAACCUAGGUCUCCUGCAGAUCCAGCUGUGGCUUCCACAGACUCAGUAUGAUCCAGCGGUGAAAAGAGAAUACAAGCUCAAGUACGCAGAGGAAGAGGUGAGGGCUUGGGUUCCCUUGCCUUGUGGCUAAUGGGAUUUUUAGGCUACACCUACACCGACAUUUCAAAUCUUCAGACGACUGCUAAACUAUACCAAACCACAUGAACAAAUGUAGUAAGAUUGCAUUGGAAAUUUGCUGUCGUAUGAGACAAAACAACCCAAUAUUCAGAUAACACGGUGCAUAACUACAAGUACUAGGGCGGGUGCAAGAUCUUAUUCAUUUUUCAAAACAGAAAAUGAGUGUGCAUAGUCACGUAAAACCCUACAAGAUGAAUAAAGAUAUACACAAAUAUGCAGAUAGAGCACAGGUGAGGAAUCUGUGCCCUUCUGUGUAUUGCUAGAGAUCAUCUCCCUAGACAAUGAUGGUCACUAGUCACGGGUAUUCAGAGGUAACGGGGGUGGUGGUGGUGUAUCCAACAAAAUCAUCCCAUUUGUGCAAGGACUUCCCCUUCCCUUUCCCUUCCCCUCCCUCUCCCUAUACCCCUUCCCAAUCUUCUCCAGAGGGUUUUGGGAAUGCCAAGAACAGGUUUGGGUGUGUGGGGAGGGGGCCAAAUUCAUUUAUGCAAGCAUAAGUCCUUGCCCAAACAUGACAGCAUUGGAGACAGCCCACUGUUUCUAGACUUUGAGGUUCCAUUUACCUAUCAUGACGUAAUAGCCUUGCUGUAGACUUAGAUCAUACAGAAGGAUCUGUAAAUUCUCAGUACACAAGAAUAGCUCCACCCAAUUGGAGUGGUGGCAGAGCUUUAUCUUGAAUAAAACUUGCGUGGUUUUUUGUUUUUUGCCUGACGCCUUCAGCUGCACCAUCUAGAAUGUGAAUGGAAGACACACAAUCUGUCAACUCAGUUACGCACAGGGAAAGAUCUGGAAGAUGAAGCCAUCAGCCAUCACAGUCACCCUCACAUUAGGUAAAGCUUCCCUGUGGCUUUGGAAUAUUGUAAUGUUUACCUCCUGUUCCCAAAUUUGAAAGGGUAAUUGUAAAUGGUCACAGUAGUCCAGUGGGCUGUGGGUUCAAAUCCCUACUUGUACCAGAGCCUUGGGUAGUUGCACUUAACUACAGGAUUCUUGUUUUCUUGACUCUCAGUUUGCUGUUUGGGUGAUGAAUGAUUUGAGGCGGAGGUGGGUGGAUUGCAAGAACAGGUGUGUGGCUCUUGCCAUUUGGUGCCCAUCCAUCUGGACACAAUUUAAAAAGCUUGCUUUCAUCCAGUUUACCUAGACCUGUACAGAGUUGCCUGAGUUCCUCGUGGCAAAGAAAAGUGAAGCUAUAGAAAUAGUCAGGGUGGCACAUAGAUUUCAUCAUGGCAGCAAAAUAAUUUGUUCUGCUCUUGAAGUUGGCUUUCAUCUAAUAAUUGUUGGAUGACCCUGACCUUUGACCUUUUGCAACUUACCCUCUCUCAGGAUGUUAUGCCAAAGAAUCCAGAAGCUGAAGGACCAGAUUGCCAGCCUCAGCCAAAAGCAAGCCUGUAGACCACAGGCUCCUUCGUAUGAGUCAUUGUACAAGGAAGUUCAUCAGUACGUCAGCAGCAUUGCCCAGACUUCAAAAGUCCAGGACCUUGUGACCCGCCUGCUGCAGUUACUCCAUUUGGAUAAGUCUCAGUCUCUCCAGAUGGUGCAAAACGUCCUCAGUGAAGAGGCAGCCUGGCAGCAGUCGCACCACCAGUUCAGGAAACGGUUGGCAGAGGACUAUGCCGCCUUCCCUGAUGCAGUCGUCCCACUGCAAGCUGCCAUUUUGCAGAUGCAGCAUGGCCUAAGGCUUGUGGCUUCUGAAGUCCAUAGGACGAUGUUCAGCAGUUUUGUCUGCCCAGCCAAGCUUGGCACUCUGGUUGCCUCUCUGCUGUCGUUUCCUUCCGUCAGCGCCACUUUCCCCUGUUACCUUUCCCAUGCGGAUGCCUUGUGCUCUGUGAACGCUCUGGACGUCCUUCAUGGCCUUAAGAGGCUAUCUCUGAAAUACUCCUCUGAGGCUGCUGAUGGGGAGCAGAGGGUAUGCCUCACCCAGGAGCAGCUGCUGGUGAAUGCUUUGUUGUUUCUCCAUUGCCACGUGCUGUCCAAGGGAGAACUGGACCACAAAUCUCUGCAGCUAUUUAGGCAUUUGUGCCAGGUAUGGUGGUGCUAUUUAAGCAGCUACAUUUUUUGAGCCUCUACCUUCAUUCUCUCCUUAUUGCUCUGGCCGGGGGGGGGGGGGGGCAGGGGACAUCUUUGGAAACUUAACUUAAAAUGUUACGUAGACGCAUUUGUCAAAUGAAAGCAGGCCACUCUAGGAACUGUUGCUCUCUAUAUAUUUUUAAUUUGCUUCGGCCCAGAAAUAACUCCCACAAGUAGAAAUACGCUUCUGCUUGUGCAAGGCGGCACUGCAAAGUUCUGGUUUCUGUGUCCUCCUGCAACCCUGGUUCCUCACAGUGCCAUUCCAGAAGUUCCUUUGAACCUCACAAGCAGCUAUUCUGAGAGCCAUAGGGAGGGAAAGAGCCAAGAAAAAACCUCAUUGUGUGGUUGGAGUUUUGCUUUGUUUAUCUCUGAUAAAAUGCAGCAGGUUGGAUCUCAGUUGUUUAUAGACUGCUUUUCUGGUUGCACAAAGCGUUUCAAAACUGAUAAAAAUAAAUAUAUCAAGAAAACCUGGUAAUAAGACUAAAUGGCUGCAGAAACUUCUGCCAAAAACCAUCUGUGAAAGAUAAAUCUUGACACCCUUGGGAGAGAGAAAGGUGACUGGCCUAAUGCUCACUGGAAAGAGGGGUCACAGCUUUAGAGCAGCCAGUAUAAAAGCAAGCCUACAGGCUCAAGCUCUGGGCUUUUUUUCUUGCCACAAAAAUGGAGCAGAAAACAAAGCCUGUUUGACUAGGCUUCAACAUACUAGUGUCCUCACGCCACCAUAUGUUUACUGCGUGACACAUGUGGAAUUUAUAUGCACAAGUCUCUUAUGGGUUUCUCAAGAUGAGCGGGCUUUUGUUUGUUUGCAUUCUAUUUCUUAGGUAAUUAUAAAUGAAUGGGAUGAACAAGAGCGCCAGGCCCAGGAAGAGGAGGAACAGAAGAAUAGUCUUUACAGAUACAGAACCAAGAGCCACGGUAGUGGUCUCAGUGAAGAGGAGGAGGAAGAGAGAGAGUUCAGGAGGAAAUUCCCUCUGCAUGAGAAGGUAAACAACUUCUGCUUUAAUCAGAAAUUGCAUACGGAACUUUAUUUUGUUUGUGCAGCAGUUUACAUAAUCAGAAAGAAAUACUGAAGUAUCAAUAGUGUGGCAGCUGGGAACUGGAUGAAAUGGGAUAGGGGCAGAACCUGAAAAUGUUUUUAAUUUCACUGGAAGACAGUAUGUCCAGUAGCCUAACUUCCAGAAUCCUAAGUUCACAUUUCCGCUUUGUGUUCAAUGAGCCAUUGUGACGUUAUUUGUUCUUGUUGGGAGAAUACACAGUGUAAAGACUGAAAAAGCUCUCUGCACAUCCGAGGAAAGUGUUUAUAGAGCUUUGAAUGGUAAAUGGGGGGGGGGGGACUGUGUUAUGAAACAGAGCCAGGGAAAUAAGCCUUCAGUUACCAAAUUGAGUCCUGCUUGCUUUUGGUUGUAGUGCUGUUGCUUGUGUUUUCUUUUUUUGAAAACAGUAAAAAUAUUAGUGUAGGAGUCAGGAUAAUAGAACAAAGAGGCUUGGAAAGAGGAAUAAAAUAUAUUAUGUUGCAAAUAAUUAUAAAAUAUACAAUUAUCGUACAAGCAUUUUUUUUACUAACACCAUAAAGAAGAUUCCUAAUAGAAUACAGAGCAGAUAAUACAGCUGCAGUGCUAUGGCAAAAUGUACAGUUUAGUUCCUCUGUUGCCACAGAGAGGUGGCCACUUUUUUGCUUCCUACCUGGAUAUGUGUGGAGCCCAGUUGUGCUUCAGAUGCCCACUGAAGCAGGAUCUUUAGUAAAGCCUGGUUCACUAGACAACCUGAGGGUGUCAUGUGGUACUUACCAGCCUGCCUUGUUCCAUGCAAGUGUGUCCUUUGAAAUUGGUGAGCUUUGCUGCUGAUCUUAAAAUACAGUGCUGCAAGUUGUCACUAAAUACACCUUUCAAUACAAUUUGCAGGAUUUUGAAGAUAUUACAGCAGAGGCAAGCCUUGAGGGGAAAAUGGAAAUGAAUGACGGUUUAGAAAAGGAAACAGUUUGUGGAAAAGCCCUUCUUUCUCAUCACUCAAUGAAAACAGUCAUGACGAUUCAUCAGCAGCUGUGCCUUUACUUUGCUCGGUCCUUGUGGUAUCAGCAAAGCCUGUCCUCCCAUCAGGCGAAGCAUCAUUUGAAUACAUUCCUUUCCUGUUACCAGACUGGUGCUUCGCUGGUAGCUCACUUCUAUCCUUUGAUUGGUAAGGAUUUUUUGUUUGUGCUUUCAAGUAUGCUGUGCUUCAGUGGACAGAGAAUCCCCAUCCUUUUGAGGGAGCCAUAGAAUCCCCCCUCCAAUAUGUUGCACAAGUGUGUGUGGCACCUUCCUAUCUCUUACAUAAGCUAAAGUGCUCCCUGCAGCAUACCCAGCACUGCCCUGCCAUCUGAACACGGCAGGGUGAAGCCAUUAAUAAUGGGCAAGCUGCCUUCUUGUUAAGGAACCUCAGAUAAGCUUCCAUGGAACCAUCAUUCAAAGGCCGCAGCUGUGAUUUAAAAAUCCUGUGUGUCUACCGCUAAUGGUUGUUGAAGUAUGUACAGUUGUACCUUGGUUUUUGAAAAGCUUAGUUCUCGAACGCUUUGGCUCCUGAAUGAUCAAAACCCAGAAGUGAGUGUUCCGGUUUUUGAACAUUCUUUCGGAAACUGAACUUCUGACAGGGCUUCUGUGGCUUCCAAUUGGAAGAAGCCGUGCCUUGGUUUUCAAACGUUUUGGAAGUCAAACGGACUUCCGGAACAGAUUCCAUUUGACUUCCGAGGUACGACUGUAUCUCUAAAAAAUAAGUAGACAGAAUAAACUGAAAUGUUUAGCCUUGGCUACAUCUGAGGAGCUACGUUCUCUAAAACAGUCCCAUUGCAGUUGCACCUACCACUUCACGACUUCCUUGUUGUUUGUAUUCAGAAACCCGUUUUCCCACUCACGUUUGAUAUACUUAGCUUGAGCCUUAAAAGGCCAACGUGGCUUAAAUGAGUGGUCUCUCAUUUCCCUGCUUAAAUAAUGAGCGUAAUUCAGUUUGGGUUAGGGUUAGUUGUAUGUGUAGAAUACUACUGAAUGCAGUUGGGUUGGGGAGAUUUUAUUGCGAUGGGUAAAUGGAAUCUCCAACUUUCAAAUAGCAUGAUGUGUUUCCACUGAGGGAAAGUAGCGUGUUUGGUUCUGCUCGUUAUUCAAGAAUCUAAAUGACACUAAAAACAUAGUAAUAAAGCAAAACAAAGCCUUGUAUAAUUGAACUUGGACAGCCUCUAGGGUGUGGGUGGUCAUUUAUUGAAACUGUCCCUGUGAUCUUGUUGAUUUGCUAUGCAGAGGGUAUUGGUAGAAAGGCAUUCUAGGUUAUUCUUCCUAGAAUUAAACAUUCCGGUCUUAAGUGCCUCAGAAGUAGAUACUCACAGAGGCUUUUGGAGUGAGCUUUCACUAUAUAUAGUGAUGGGCUGUGCAAAACAAUUGCUCUAAGACCCAACACAUUUGUCUCUGAGCUUAUCCUUUACUGUUUUAAUCAAUGUGCUGUUUAAAAAGAUACGGAAAACUUUAUUGCCUUAAUGACUUUGUUUCUCUUCUUGCCCCCUGGAUGGCCAAAUCAUAGGUUCUGAAAUGAACGAUAAUCUCCAUGGCAGCCAACUUCUAGCUAGCACAAUACUGCACAAUACACUUUUUGAACAGGGGGCUUCAGAACUAGUCCUGCAAAACGAAGGGCCGUAUGACUUUUAUCACCAUCCUAAUAUUCAGCAAGUGCAACAGUGUCAACAUGUUCUUGAAAACUUCACAAAAGAGGUGAAAGCACUAUUGCAAGAAUGGCCGGACCACCCUGCGCUCGUCCAGGUAAGAGUCUAGACUUUCAAGAACUGAAACAGUAGCUAAAAUAACCAGAGUUCAAUUUAUAUUUGCUUUGACCUAGGAUUCCUUACACGUUAAGGCUUUGCAUGGAUAGCACCUUCCACAGAGACAAGCAUACUGCUAGUCCCCUAAAUUUGUUAGUAUGUUCAGCUAUAUGAGACAGACAAACAACCAGUUAUAUCUGCUGUUAGCAGAAGAGAUGAGAUCUUGCAAUGCAAUAUGAAGUUAAAAGUUCUGUUCCUUUGUGUUGUUUAGUUUUAAGCUUUAAAAAGCAACUGCCAGAAGCACUAAUUGUCUUUCAUUUUGCAGCUUUUGGUUGUACUGGACAGAAUCCGUAGUUUUCCACUCUCCAGUCCCCUUUCGAAGUUCCUGAAUGGCUUGGAAAUUCUGCUGGCCAAGUCCCAGGUAAGAAAUCAGGAGGCAAGUGGUUGUGUGUGUAUAGCCAGAGAAGGUGAGAAAACAAAUUUCUGUAAUACACCUGAUUUUUAGUAGUAUAAGAAACACCAAAUUUACUAAUAAAGGAAACUUAUUUGUUGAAUGAAGGUGAUUGCAUUUUUAAAUUUAAAGGUGUAGAUAAUGGGCAAGCAAAUCAACUUUUUAUAUCAACGUUGAAAUGUAUAAUUUCAGUUUUUGUCUGAAAGGCAUCUUUUCCUUUUCUAGGAUUGGGAGGAGAAUGCUAGUCGAGCUGUCUCUCUUAGGAAACAUCUGGAUUUGGUCACUCAGCUGAUCAUCCAGUGGCGUAAACUGGAACUGAAGUAUGUACUGUCAGUUCCCUUUGUGCUGAGUAUUUUCAAGUGUAAAUGACGGGGGGGGGGGGGGGACAAACCAGAUCAGGGGUUUGCCCACAGCAUCUGGAGCAAGCUCAGAAAUUGAAGGGAGAGAUGUGGAGUUUCAUUCGUCUACACAGCUUCUUGCUACGUUCCAGCAUGUCUUCUAUUUCCUACCCUCUAGAUCCCUGUGGGGUUUUUUUUUUGGGGGGGGGGGGUUGUAUUUUUCUUCAAUCCUUAGCCAAAGAAGAAUCCCUGUUCUUUCAAAUAUAGAUAACCUAGCAGCUUAUGCAAAAUAAAUGUGCUACAUUCACUUCUUUAAAAAUCUGAUUAUUUACUAAUGCAGAUGUUUUUAAGUUUUCAUAUUUCAGAACUGAUGUUAGUGCAGAGCAAAAAUAACAGCCUUACCUGUACUGUAAAAAUAGUUGUCGUAAAAAUUGGGCUGCUUUCUAAGAAACGUGUACCCAUCGAUCUAAAAGCAAGCAUGGGUGGGCUCUGAGAUUUAAUGUUCAUUAAUAGGUCUUUCUUUUUCCACUUGCAUUGUCAGCUGUUGGUCUGUUAGUCUGGACAACACAAGGAAACAUCACACAGAAAAGUCAAUGAAACACUGGUUUUCAAUCUAUCAGAUGAUUGAGAAAUAUAGGCAAGAACAGACACAGAAGAAAACUGAAGGUAACUAUUGAUAACAGAGUGGUAAAAGAAAUGCAAGCUGUUAAUAGAAGUGCAUACACUCAAGGAUACACAUUUCUAUAAACUGAUAAAAAUACAAAUGGUAUAUGAUCUAUAUCUGCAUUUGCAAUUCUCUAUUACAUGCCCAAUAGCGAAGUUUAAAGCUUCUUUCAAUAUGUAGCAUAUUGGAGAAAUCAAGUAUUCUUCCAUCUUGAUUCUCAAGCAACUUAACAGGCAAAGCUUGUAACUGCCUAUAUUAUUGAAAUGUUGAGCAGUCCAACUGUGUAUUGCUGUUCACAAGAGCUGUGAAAAACCACAUUAGCCCACAACGCUGCUGACUUCAGAAACCAUGGCUCUGUAAACAGGGCACACAAAUCUUGGCUUGUUUUAAAUCAGAUUGACGUCCCAAGUGGGCAACUCUAGCUGAAAACAACCCAGUAUAGACCAAGCACCUGUUAUCAGUGCCAAAAAAACAUCUUUUAUGAAGUAGGCAAGAUCACAUCUGAGCAGGACGUACGCCUUUAUUGUCUGUCUGGUGGACUCUAUACAACCUUUUCCUUUAAUGUGAAGUGAACUGUUAGUAAAGAUACUAUUGAAUUAGAUGAAUAAUAUGAUGUGUUUAUGGUGUUGUCUUUUCUCCUCUUAUUGAACUGGUUCCCUUUAACCACUGUUAAGGCAGGAGAGGGAAGUUUCCUCCAGAGACAGAAGGGCUUGGAGGAGGGAGCAAUUAUUCCUGCAUCUGGAUUACAGUUCCUUAACUGUAGGUAAAAGGCAGCCUGCAUUGCAUUGUGCACUAAGGCUUGUUUCUAGGGAGGCAGAGCCUGCCCUCUGUCUGUGUCAGAGUUAGUUCCUUCUGAAAGGGCCAUAAUGGAUGUUGUUUAAUGUCAAAAAUGAAUUUACAUGCCAUCUUGUCCUCCUCCCCCCCCCUUUCUUCCCUACAAUCCCAACUUCAUGAAAUGGACAGAUGUGAAUUUAAAAGCACUGCUCGGCACACUGCAGGCUUUCAUAGAAGGGUCAACAUUGGGGGAGUUUGACACACGGCUUCAGAUGCUGCUGGAAUUCCACUGCCACGUCUUGCUGAUGCCACAGGUGGAAGGAAAUGGUAGGUGAAAUGGGCCAAAGCCAGACGCCAGACUUGUGGGGUGUACUUUAGCUCCACCAGGUAGCGCUGGGUGGUGAACGCAUGCACACACAGAAUUAAAGAGAGCAGGGUGGCUCUGAGCAUGUGCUCAGCUUUCCUUGAUCUCAGCUGCCUGCUUUGGGAGCAGGAGAGCUUGCUGCUGUUGCUGUUGUUAAACAGUUUGCCAAGGGUUUCUGUCUCCAGCCAGUCUACUGUGGAUCAGCUGGAGAUCUACCAGCAGAUCCAGAUCUGCCUUCUGCCUACCUUUGAGCUUAUGUUUCUUUUCUUUAUUGCACGCAGUUGAAUUAUUAUUCCUAACAUUUAAUAGAGCUCAGCUAAAUUUUCCAGUUAUUAUUAUUUUACAUCGAAAGUUUUCUCCGAAAGAUACUGGCAAAAUUGCAGUGUGGUGUAUUCAACCCAGUUCUCCCCUGUAGCUUGCCAAAAGACAAAGUAGAUUAUUCUAUGCAAAGCACUGAAUGGAAGAUUAAAACUUUUUCCACACCUCUUUGCUUGUCUUCCCCUUGCAAAAUUGCCUGAAGGAAUCUCUUGAUUGGAAGGGGGCAUUGAACAGAUUUUCAUUAUUAAUUUAUUAAUUUUUUUACCCUGACCUUCCUCCUAAAGGAACCUAGGGAAGCAAACAACAAGGCAGCAAUACAGUAGAAUUAAAAAAAUAAACAACUUCUUGAAACUUUUACAGAUUUAAUAAAAGAGAGAUGCUGUUUCAGUCAGAACUACUAUGUCCUUUAAGAUCCCUAAAUCCUCAGGUGCGGACGAAGAUUCAUUUUUGUAUGAAACCCAUUCUCUCUUUUUCAGACAUGCUGUGCAAUGUAUUAUGGAAUCUCUACAAUUAUUAUAAGCAGUUUUCAGAAUGUGUCCAAACCAGGCUGACUGAACUUCGGCAUCCGAUAGAAAAAGAAUUGAAGGUGAGAACAAGAUUUCUUGGUGUAAUAGUAUUCUCUGGUUGUUGGAAGUAAAGCUAGUUCAAAUAAAUAGCUAGGUCCUACCCUGCUUUUUAAGUACAUCUCUUCAAACCAGAAGCACAUGUCCUCUCAGCAAUUCUUCAUUCUGUUUAAAAUAAACAUCAUAGUUUAUUGAAUUGAAUAUUUUUCAGGAAUUUGUAAAAAUCUCUAAGUGGAAUGAUGUCAGCUUUUGGGCUAUAAAACAGUCUGUGGAGAAGACACAUAGGUAAGUAUGAAAUUUUGAUGAGAUAUUGGGCAUUUGGGCAUCAGGAGGAUUAUAUCAGUUAUCGGCCCAGAGACGGGGGGCUUGAAACAUGUCCUCUGGGGACUGCUCUCCUCUUUCCUCUCCUCUUACUUUUUUCCUUAAACACCACUCUGAGAAUGGUUAAGGGGAGGGUAAAUGCAAAUAAGUCAGUAGUGGGAGAACGAAAUUAUACACCUGAGUCAUUGUCCCAAGAUUCUGUUCACUAUGAGAUUGCAGAGCCAGUCAUUGACAGUAUGAAUCUUAGCUACCAAUAUAGAGUUAAAUUUUGCUUGGGUUAAAGUAUCUGUCUGACUGGCCUGCAUGUGUCUAAUAUGCAAUAUUGGUAUCCGGAUCCUCUUCUUUUGACACUCCCAUACCAUAGUGGUGACUGAGGAUAUACUGCUUUGCCAUAACUGCAUUGGAUACCUUAAUAUGCAUACACUCAAAGUGGAUUUUUAACUUUUUAAGUCCCCUUUAACCAUGUUGUCGUGGAGCUUGAGUGCUCACCCAUAUUGAUGGUCCUUGUUUUCAUCCCUGUCUUUUCCUGGGUUUUAGGACACUUUUCAAGUUUAUGAAGAAAUUUGAAGCUGCUCUCAAUGAACCCUGCCGUUCUGCCUUGGUGGAAACAGCAAAAGAAGAGCAACUUGCUUCUUUGCAGGAAGCAGAGACAUUGGGCAACCAAGAAACUAAAAUUCAGAGCCUGAACAGCAUAUUAAGAAAAAAACUGACUGCUAGGUCCCAUUCUGCUCAGGUACCUGGAGUUUUCAUUUGCGUUCAGAUGGAAUGGUAGGCAUUCUUAACCUGAGUGCUGGAUUCCCUUGCUGCGUAUUGGAACACUCUUAGUUGUAACCGUGAUAUGACAAAAUGUUUGAAAUGAUAACAGCGAAACAGGAACGUAAACUUUGUUCUCAGUGCUGUCCUAGUGUUUCAUUGAGAGGUGACCAAAUGUGUGUUUUUCCCUGAUGGACACAGGAGCCAAUCCCAGAGGGGUUACAUCACACCCUACUAGGCUAGACAGGAAAACUCUUUUGCAAAUCGGUAGGCUGUAUCCUCCCCUAACUUUUUCAAGUUUAUUUUGCUUACCGAGACUAGCAGAAGUCCUUUCUCCUCCGUCCUGUGCUUUGACUUUCCCCCUACCUCCGAGCUUGCACUUCUUUUUUUCUCCCUCUCUUCAGGGCAGCCCAAGAUUACAAAAUAGAGGCAGCCUUCUUACAGAGGGUUCUGCAGACUGCUUUCUUCUCUGGUCAUUGGGUGCUUUCUGAGAAGGAUCUUUUUCUGAUGAGUGGGAGGACCACGCCCUGCAUGCAUUCUUAGGCUGCUGAUGGCUGCGUUGCCUCUCUCUGCCUUAUUCAUCUGUCUGUUAUCUGCAUAACUGGAAAGGCGACAAAAGUCCUGGUUGCUAUUUUUUUAUUUUUUUUUAUACUUAUCAGUUAGGACUCCAAGGCUUCCAGGGACAUCCUUUCAAGCUUCUCUGUGAAAUGGAAACUAGAGAAGCUCUUGGAAGGGGGUGUGGCUGCAUUCAAGUUUGCAAUAGAAUUUUCCUGUCUAGGCUAGUAGGAUGCGACAUAACCCUCUGUGGCUGACUUCUGUCAUCUCACAGUAAGUACCCAUUGACCCAGUAAUAUGGCUGUUAUUACAGGCCAAGGUAUGUGUAAGCCAGUAUUUCCUUCGUCAGUAGUGACCAGCCAGACGCCUUGGGAAGCUGACCAAAGGGCCCAAUGGCUACCCUCCGUUAGGUUUGAAGUCCCAUUCUUCACUCUCUAGGCUAGUUGGUACUGAUAGGUCCCAUAAGUCUUACCAGAAGCACAAGGAUUUCAGUCACCUGGACUUUUGCCUGUUGUGAACGUUUCCCCCGCAGGCUGCUCACUUAGAGGAUAUCCAGGGAGACAUUUUUCACCCAGAGUCCCUUCAGGGCCGCUUACCCAAACUUACGAAGCGGAUGGAGAAGAUCUGUACAUCUCUAGUGAAGAACAACUCGUUCUUGGAUCUGGUGGAGAGCCUUGACAAUUUCACAGGUAAAACUUUUAUUACAGCGUAACAUUCAACAGGAAGGUAAUUUGUUUUUCUUAAGAAUUGAUGGGUUUGAGUAGACGUGCUGAAAUUAAUAGAUUGACAGAUUGCUUUCUGCUGCGCUCCUCCUUUUUACAGGUGACGUAAUUUCCUCUUCCCAUGAGCUGCAGCAUAUGUCUGUAAAUCCAGCUGCAGACAAGGAAAAGCAGAAGUCCGAGGCCAAACAUUUACUCGUGCAGAAGCAGAGGGCCCUAACAGAGCUCUUUAAAAACCUGGCUAAUACAGGUAAGAGGAGCUGGAACUACUACUCUUUGGAGACAACAAACAAAAAAUAAGCAGUAGUAACCCCCACUCCCACCCCUCAAACUAGCAAAAUGCCAUGUGAGUGUGUUUGGCACUGCCCAUGAUUUACCUCCAUAGGCACAUGUAUAGUGUACCAAAUGAUAAUAGCUGGGAGGUAGGUAGUACAAUUGGGUUAGAAUGAAUACUAAUUGGAAAUGUGGAAUGAAUUUUUACUGUAUUGCUCUACACACACACACACACACACACACACUCUAAUGCACAGCUUUGUAGCCAUGCACACAGAAAGGAUAGGGUCCAGAACCUUUUCAUUGUUUAUUUAUUGCAUUUAUAUCCCACCUUUCUAUCCAAGGAGCUCAAGGUGGCAUACAUGGUCCCCCACCCUCUUCAUUUAAUACUCAGAAGAACCCUGUGGGGUAGGUCAGGCUGAGAGGCAGUGCCUGGCCCAAGGUCCCCUGGUGAGCUUUGUGGCCCAGGGGGAUCUGAAUCCUGGUCUCCACACUGGCUCUGAAAGCAAUUUCUGCUGGUUAGUUAUAGCCGCUUGUUUUCUUUGCUCCUUUCAACCACUAAAGCUAAAUUCUCAGAAGCAUCUAUAUCAGCCAUCAUCACUUAGGUGUUGGAGAGGAAAAGGCAUGACUGAAUGGACUCACUAAAAAGAACUUCCAUGUUGUUUAUUUCAAGUCUCAAAAAGAAAAAUUGAAGUUAGAUGUAUUUUAAAUAUCUUCCCAGGGUUGUCAUAUCGCAAAGGCCUUGCUUGGUCUCGUUCAAAAACUUCCCAGGACCUGCUUUUCCUUCACCCGUUGGAUUUGAGCAGUGCAUUAGCCCUGGUUAACUGCACACAGAAACUGGACGCAACGUAUGUAUUUUCUGUUUCCGCAGCUACAGUUUUGACCUCCAAAAGUAUCUAAUUGGGGUUUUUCAAUCCAAUAUUACCGUUACCUCGUCUGUUUGUUGGUAUGCCACUUUUCCACAGAAAUUGUGCCCGAAGUAGCUCACAGCAUAACAGAUGCACAAUAUUUGUUAUGCACCUAUUAGAAACCUUUAUAAAUAAUCAGAAUUAAUAAGGAUGAAAAAAUCAAUGCACAUAACAUUUCACAACAAUGCAAAUAAAUUAGGUUAUCCUAAAAACCUAAAGAAAUAGAAAAGUAACUGUUGUGUGGGAGACUUGAACCAUUUAGCCCUGUUAAGAGUUGUGGCUUCCCUCUUGUUAGUAGUGGGAAGAAAGCCGCCAUUUGUGCCAGUGGCUGCUUUCUUCCCCUUGCAAACAGCAGACAUCGAGGGAAACCCAAUUCUGAUCAGGACCAUGGGGUGGAGGACAAAUACAUCACUCCAUCUUUGAGCCCUCCCUCCCACCAGCUGCAAAGGAAAAUCAGCUCUGCAAAGGUGACAAAUGGUGAAUCUAGUUUGGCCCUUGGUUCGUUCGGUUUUCAUUUUAAGGAGCGACUUGCAAAUUGUGUAACGUGAUAUUUUCUGGAACCAGCAGAACAAAAACAUCCGGAUAUUGCCUUAAGUAAAAACGCAUUACAGCGUCGGGAGUAUCGGUUACCAAACUGAUACCUUAAGCAGGCAAUGUAAAGCCGGUUAAGACUGCCUAAAAGCAUGGGUAAGCUGAACUGAUGCACGUUUUGUGUUUGUGUGGUCGUAGAAAGACUUUGAAAUUGCUUAUUUAUUUAUUUUUGUCUCGGAUGAACAAAAGUCUUACGCUUUCCAGGUUGCUCUCUGAGAUCUCUUCGUCCUGGGAUGGAUGCCAGAAAUACUUCUAUCAGUCUCUCGCACGCCACUGUGGGCUUCAGACAGCGUUAUUGGCACCUUCAAAGGUAAACAGUAGCUUCAGUACUAGAGAUUUAUUUCAAAUCUUCUCCUUUUAAAAGCUUUGAGUAGGCAAGACAGGAUCAUUCAUCAUCUAAACAUUUGGCUUUUUAUUCCGAAUCAACAUAGUUUUUUUCUCAGGCAUGUUUAUACCUGCCUACAUUGUAGUUGUUGAGCAGAUAAAUAGAGGUAAACUACCAGUAAAUCUACCGAGACUUGUCACUUAUGUAUCAUAUUUCUUAUCAAAUGUACCCAAUUACAAACCUUGGCAAAUUCAGAAAUCCUUCGCAAGUCACUAAAUUGUAGGAUUGAGUCAGGUUCACUUUCCAGUUUCCAAUACACUUUCCAGUACAGUGAUACCUUGGUUUUUUAAUGUCUCUGUUGACGAACAUUUUGGUUUUCGAACGCCAUAAACCUGGAAGUAAAUGCUUUGGUUUUCAUACACGUCUUGGAAGUCGAACAUGCCACGCGGCUUCCGCUGAGUGCAAGAUCCUGAGACCUUGCUGUUGGCGAUGAGUUUUCAGUUUUUGAACGUUUCAGAAGUCUUCCGGAGUGGAUUACAUUCGAAAAACGAGGUACCACUGUAUACCUUGGAGAAAGUGGAGGUGACAUUAAUGUAAAAUAAAAAUGGUAGCAUAUAAACUAGCUGAUCAGAGAACAAGCAUUUCACCUAGCUAAGCAUUUACUGACAGCUCUAGUCCUCAUAGCAUAAAAAGGACACAUCCUACUAACAGAUGAAUUGCUGCUGCUGCUGCUGCUAUCGUUAUCUAUUAAAUUUGUAUACCGCCCUUCACAGGGUGGUUCACAACAUAAAAAUACAUUGCGUGACAGCACAACAUAAACACCAGUUAUGAGUAAAAUGCCUAGGUGCUAAGUAGCAUCUUAAUGUGGCUAAAGGUUGAUAGGGAUGGUGCUGGGCAUAUCUCUCCAGGGAGAGCAUUCCACAGCUGGAAUGUUGUGGGGAUCCUGCUUUCCUCCCUGAUUUAGCACUUUCAGUCCUGAUCAUCCACAGCUCUUACUCUCAUUAAAGUUGCUACGAUAGGAAUUUGUUUUCAAAGCACGUUUGUGCUAUUUUGAUCUUUUUAUGCAUAGGCUUUCAAAUCUUGUUUUCUGGGUAUGUUACUUGCCUGAAAAUUAUCCGAAGGCUGUAAUCCUGUGCACGUUUACCUGGGCAUAAGCACCUUUGAAUAUAGCGGGAGUUAGUUUUGAGUGAACAAGCAUAAUAUUAGAUGGGGCUGCACAGUAGUUUGUAUGCGUUCCAUGCAUCUUUCAUUGUCAAGGCAUAGGCAGAGUUCCAUGGAUUUGCCUAGUAGCAGUUGGGUGGGGGGCCACAUUAUUAUGGCAACCAUUACACAGGAGUGAAAAGUGCUACCUUGUCACACUGCAGGAAAUUGGACUGGGCACCGUUGAGCGAUGCAAAGGAUUCACAGCACACCUUAUGAAGAUGCUUGUCAAGCAGAGGAGCUCCCUCACUGCCUUGACUGAGCAGUGGAUUAUCCUGAGGUAUUUGGACUUUUGUUUUCUGCGCACUUCUUUAGCUCAUUUGAGAAAGGAAAGCAUUCUGACUCAAAAAAGAGAGAGGCAGACUGUAUACUGCAAUAAUAGUGCAAAAUGUAAACCCUCAGUACAUUUUUAUGCAUGUUCUCUAUCCUCUGUUCAUACAAGCAAGAGGCAUUGCCAGAUAAAUAAAUAAACUUUCCGCAAAAGCUGCAGCAUUUGGAAAUUGCCGUGAUCCACUAUAUACUGACUGAGGUGUACCGAUAGUAUUAUUAUAAGCAGAUCUCUUAACCUUGUGAAUCUCCUACAGGAACCUUCUGAGCUGUGUGCAGGAGAUUGAUGCCCGGUUAAACCCUGCCUGUGAAUAUGAAGUGGCGUUUCCUCCUCAAGACGGUGUUCAACAGUGGACCGAUAGACUGCAAUACCUUUCAAUGCAGUGUGUGGUGGUCCUGGAGCAGCUGUCCUGGCUUAUGGAGUGCUGUCCAAAAGGCCAGUCCUUGAAUGCUUCCAGGGCAGAGACUGAAGCAACUGAACUGAAUUCCCCUUGUGUUCUGAAGUCCAUGCCUGGUUUUAACCCCCCAGAGCUACAAUAUUCCACUCCCAUAGCUGCAGAUCAGCUGCCCGCUGGAUGCAAGAUGCGAAAGCAUGACCCGUUGUUUCAGAAGCUGAUUUCAGACGUGAAAGAGAUGCUGCUGGAGGUUAAGGCAGUAAAAUCGGAUGUGGACAGAAUCAGACAACUGUCUUGUGAGACACUCUUCCAUUCCUGGUAAGUAAAGUACUACGGGGAGAAAACAGUUUCACUCCUGCAGCCUUCAUUUACCCUAAUCUGUAGGACUGUGAAUUUAUUGACAGCAUUGUUCAAAAUGGGGCCUGCAGUCAGCCCCCACUAUAUCCCAAAUACAUGAUUGGCGCUGCAGAAGUUGGUGGCCCAACCAUGGAGGCACUAAACAGUCCUCUACACUACAGAUGCUGUAUCGAAGCUUAAGUGCCUUGGGGGAGAGUUAUGCCUUCACUUUUGGAGGAAGUGCACAGAGGAAGCUUAGCACUCUUUGACUGGGUGAUACGCAUUUCAGAGGACAUAAUCAAAAACAUUAACUGUGCUUCAGCAUUCUAUAUGAACUAGGCCACUGUGAGUUGAUAAAUUCUAGUAAUUUUCAGAGAGCUGUGUGUCUAUAAACUGGUAUUCCUAAACAAAUAAUAAACUUCAUUGGACUAAAUAAUUCUUGGAAACCCAGACAACUGUUAGGCCAGUUAGGGACUCUUCUCACCUACCAUCGUAAUGUUUAUGUCUUAUUUCUGUAUUUGUUCCAGUGGUUAUCUUAUUAUUAUUAUUAUUUGAAUUUAUAUACCCAGAGGUUUCAGGGCGGUUCACAGAAUAAAAUCAAAAUAUAAAACCUCAAAAUAAAAGCAACAAUCCAAUAAACUCCAUUUGUAUUUUAAUAUAAUUUGAAUUAACUGAAAUGCUCAAUAAGUAACACUAAUAAUAAUAAUAAUUAUAAUAAUUAUUAUUAUUUAUACCCCAGCCACUCUGGGCAACUUCCAACAAAAUAUAAAAAUACAAUAGUCUAUUAAACAUUAAAAGCUUCCCUAAACAGGGCUGCCUUCCGAUGUCUUCUAAAAGUCUGUUAGUUGUUUUUCUCUUUGACAUCUGGUGGGAGGGCAUUCCACAGGGUGGGUGCCACUACCGAGAAAGCCCUCUGUCUGGUUCCAUGUAACUUGGCUUCUCACAGCGAGGAAACCGCCAGAAGGCCCUCGGCGCUGGACCUCAGUGUCCAGGCAGAACGAUGGGGAUGGAAACGCUCCCUCAGGUAUACUGGACCGAGGCCGUUCAGGGCUUUAAAGGUCAGCACCAACACUUUGAAUUGUACUCGGAAACAUACUGGGAGCCAGUGUAGGUCUUUCAGGACUGGUGUUAUAUGGUCUUGGCAGCCAUGCCCAGUCCCCAGUCUAGCUGCCGCAUUCUGGAUUAGUUGUAGUUUCCGAGUCACCUUCAACGGUAGCCCCACAUAGAGCGCAUUUGCAGUAGUCCAAGCGGGAGAUAACUAGAGCAUGCACUACUCUGGCAAGACAGUCUGUGGGCAGAUAGGGUCUCAGCCUGCGUACCAGAUGGAACUGGUAGACAGCUGCCCUGGACACAGAUUUGACCUGUGCCUCCAUGGACAGCUGUGAGUCCAAAAUGACUCCCAGGCUGCGCACCUGGUCUUUCAGGGGCACAGUUACCCCAUUCAGGACCAGGGAGUCUUCCACACCCGCCCGCCUCCUGUCCCCCAAGAACAGUACUUCUGUCUUGUCAGGAUUCAACCUCAAUCUGUUAGCUGCCAUCCAUCCUCCAACUUGCGUAAGACUUGUACAGAAUCAAAAAAAACAAAGCUUAUUAUAUUGUAAACACUAUACAGUAGAUUAAAUCUGCAACUUCCAGUAAAGUGCUUGGUUUAAACAGUGUAGUGCCUCUUUGUAUCAUAGAACAUUUUUUAAAGGUGGGGGUACAGGCUAAAGAAACUGAAGGAAAUCUGCAGGGCUACCUUAUGCAAGCUGAAUAUCCUUUUCCAUUCAUGUAAGACAACUUCUAAACCUUCUGGUAAAACCAUAGAUGUUAUGUUUUUAGUAUCACAAUUGAGUCUUAGCUUGUUUUUCUGAUUACCAGUAAGUCCAACAGAAGCGAUGUUUUGUGUUAACCCCAGACCCACUCUUUCUCAAAAGCAAAUGUGCAAGCUAAAAGGUGGCUCGUUAAAGUGAGCUGUGAUUGCUUUUGUCUUACAGGAAAAGCUUUGAAGUGUGCUCUUCAGGAAUAGAAUGUUUGCUGAAGGUUUCAACCCAACUGCAAGAUAUAGAGUCUUUCUUUGUCCUACCUGAGAUGGAAGCCAAUCAAUUUUCAACACGGAUGGCAUUAAUCAGAAGUCUUGUGUACAUCCAAGGAGAAAUUAAUAGAAGUGUGGAUGACUUUGCCAUUUGGAAGACACAGCUCUUCAGUUCAAUUUCACACUGCAAUGGUAAAUACAUGUUCCUUUUAAUCUUUCAACCAGUAAAGCAGUUGAUUUAAGUAUUAUUCUGUUAUCACCUUUGAAUAUUUGCAUCUGUGACUAAGAGCAGUAAAAUUAGAUCACAAUUUUGUUAGGAUCCUAAGCAUGCUUACUGAGAACCAAAUCUUGCAGAGUUCAAAGAGGCAUGUAAGUGUGCAGAGAGUAUUGAAGCAUUCACAAUAAUGUUCAACGUUUUGUUUAAUAUAGGAUGUCAAAAUCCUAGCAGCUGUACUUUGGUGGGAGUUGGCGUUUUGUUUAUUUCUUGCUAGUUGUUGUUGGAUACUUCCUGGGACCUCUGUUCCUAGUAUCUGAUGCUACAAAGCUUGUUUUCUCAUUAAAAGUUGGACAUUUGUUUUCAUGCCACUGCAUGUCUUUAGCUGAGUCUUGUUAAUGCAUUAUGAAAUGAGCUGGAAUAAGUAUAGCAGUGGCAACAUUGCAAGGGGAUUAAGGAUUCAUUGAUUUGACCUGACUUGACUUGGGGAAAAUCCUAGCAGCAGCACUGCCUGAAAAUUCAGUCUCAUUUCUGGGCCAAGGGCUGGUGAGAGGCUAAGAGGCAAUAUUAUUUGCACUAUCUUCCACUUGCACGGCAGAUGUCAGACUUUUGUUCUGUGAGAUAACUGCGGCAAAGCAUAUAUACCUCUUGGAGUAAUGGAGUAUAUCAAAUUUUAAAUUAGGCGGGGAACUGGGAAUUCUCCAGGUUUUAACAAUGGGGAGACACUAGUUUUAUAAAGCCCAACCAUCAUAUCAAAUCUUAAUAGUUAGUCUUAUUUCAGGUUUUUGAGCAUUAUGUCUUUCUUGUUAAAGUUUCAUUUGUUAUUGUGGCUUAGAACUGCAAUUUGUUUGUGUCCUAUCAUUUGUUUAUUCCAUAAAAUUUAUUAUGCACCACUUGAUUGCAAAAACAAAACAAAACCCUCAAAGUGGUUGCUGCUUUCGAAAUCGGAUGUUUUCCCCACUAACAUUUCUACUGUAUUUCCAAAGGGAACCAAAAGUCAGAUGAUGGAUUUGUCGAACUCUACUCAGAACAAGUAGAGCUUGCAAUCCAAGCUAUCCUGGGUGCAAUUCAGUGUUUGGUAGAAAGGAAAAAGGUAAAAGAAGACGACACCUCACAGAAGGAGGAUGGUGAGUCUUAACUUUUGUCCUUUUCUCUGAAGCACUCUUUAUACUUUCAGAAAUAUUGUGUGUGUGUGUGUGUGUGUGUGUGUGUAACUGAACACAACAUAUAUCCUGGCAAAUUAGGUCUUUGUUUCAGGGGCAGAGGUGGAUGUUCUAAAUAUGAUUGCCACGGUGAAAUUGUGAAAUUUGUACUUGCUGUAGCCGCUGCUUCCUGAAUGCACCCCCCCCCCCCCCGCAAGAGACUUGUGGAAUUCAGAGGAUUCUUGAAUGCUCUGAUAUAUUUUAUUAAUCUGUUAUUUAUUGAAUUUAUAUAUUUUUUUUAAUUAAUAUUUAUUAAAGUUUCAGAAAGAAUAAAAUCACAUUAAUAAACAAGAAAAUUUUAACAAAAACAAAGAAAAAUACACCAUACAAAGUACAAAGUACAAAAUAGAAAAAAGUAAAAAAAAGAAAAAACAGUUAAAAAUAGUUCCGUCCUUUCAUAACCUCUUUUAGAUUUACUUGUUUCCUAUUUAUUGCAUUUAUAUCCCACCUUUGCUCCAUGGAGCUCAAGGUGGCACACAUGGUUCUCCUCCUUCUCAUUAUUAUCCUCACAUCAGCCUUGUGAGGUAAGUUGGGCUGAAAGACUGUGGCAAACCCAUGGUCACCCAGUAACUCUAGCCACUACACCACACUGGAGGGUGGAGAGAACUGGCAAUAGUGCCAAGGCCCCUUGUCUGUGAAGGGCAAUCAGUACAGUUCUCUUGGGCAUCUGGUUCCUCCUGGAUCCUGCAACAUGCCGUGGUGCUCUAGGGCAGGAGUGGGGAACCUUAGGCAUGGGGAUCAAAUGUGCACCUCCAGGCCUCUCUGUUUAGCCCACACCACAACCCCUUCCCAGCCACACACCCUUUCCCCAGGCCCUCACCAGUCUUGCUUCAUACUUUCCUUUAAUUUUUUUGCCUGGCUUGAAUAUGCCCUUGAACUCUGAUAAGGCCUUUUUGUUGCCUGGAUGAAAGAUGGAAGUGUGUGUAGAAACUAGCCUACUAUACAAAGGCAACAUUUUCACUGGGUAAAAACGUUUACCCAAACCUUUUCUGAUUAAGGAUGAAUUGAGUCUUCAGUCCUUUCCCUUUUCCCUUUUCUUACUCAAGGGGAAGAAUCCUUGGUUGACAGGCUCAAGGCAGGGCAUUUAACUAAACUCUUGGAUGAAGACAUCUGUGCAGAUGUGAAUUCUCUGCACGUGCAGAAAAUCAUUUCGGUUAUUUCAGAACUCCUGGAGCGACUAAAAUCCUAUGGCGAGGAUUACACUGAAUACAAGUGCAAGGUAAAAUUCAUCUGUCAAAAUGUCCAUGCUAUUCAUUGAGGCUUGGUCCAGCUGGAGGAGGCUUUGAACGUGAAUUUCUAGACUUUCUGUAAAAGGCAAAAUAGCAGAGGGAAAUUGUAAGGUCACUUAGAAACUUCUCGUUUUGUCUUGGUGGGGGCGGGGAAGACCCUAUAUUUUUAAUGAACAUUGGAUUUAUUUUGUGUCCACAGCUUUUCAAUCAAUCCUGCCACUUACUGGUGCGUCUAAUGCCAAUACUUUACAAAUAUUCCAAUAUCAUCCUUUUCUACCUCACUGUUACCUUGGCUACACAUAGGAGCACUGGGAAAUUGCUCUCUGUUCUAGCUAACAUAUUUACAGAACUGGCCCGGAAGGUAAGAAAUUCUAGUUUACCCUCUCAGUGGAUUUGGGAAAGGGGAUAGAAUUCUGAGAUAUCUGGAGUUGUGAAUAAAGCUUGUUUAAAGAAAGCCACAGCAGAAGCAAGAUGUUCGUCAGUGUGUUGAAUGAGCUCCUUAUCUUUGGCUCCAUAGUACUUUAUUUGUGUGCAUGUAUAUAGAUAGAUAGAUGGAUAGAUAGAUAGAUAGAUAGAUAGAUAGAUAGAUACAAGUCUGUGUAUAAUCUGUCCUUUGGAAGCUUAAUUGUUUUGAUGAGUGCUAAAAUCUGUCCAAAAUGUUUCAACUUAUUAUUAUUGUUAUUAUUAUUAUUAUUAGGGGUUUUGUUUACCAAAAGAGCUAAUGGAAGAUGCAGGAGGAGAAGGAGGAACAGAAUUCCAUGAUUACGAAGGAGGUGGCAUUGGAGAAGGGGAAGGCAAAAAGGAUGUGAGUGACAAGAUAGAAAGCGAAGAUCAGGUACGUGCCAAGUGGGAUUUGAGGCAGUGGCUCCAGAGUAGCCAUGAAUAUGUUCAUAAAUAAGUUAAAGCACGUUCUUAACGAUAGGAAGCCAAUGUAAAUUUCACCAGUGCAAGUUAACCCAUUCCACACCCUGUUCAGGAGUGGCUGGGAGGGGCUACUGUUGGCUGUGUUGGCAGGCAAUUAUGGGCUUGAGUUUUGAGGAUUAAGCCCUAGGUCACAUGACCUAGCUGAACAGACUUUGGAAUAGCUAUAAGUCUCCUUGUCCUGCCCCACCACUCCCCUGGAAUGCCCCUUUUCAGGACUUAGGCUGGUUUAAGAUUGUCUGGCUGAGUAGGGGUUAGGGAAUUGCACUGACAUGGUUACAGAUUAGCUGAAAGUUAGCUAAGAAAGCCCCAAGUUCCUCCGAAUUCAGAAUUUCUCAUCCCAACGGACCUUGGGGGUUGGACUCUGCUGUUAUUUUCAUAUAGUUUAAUAGGUUUCAUAGUAACUUUCAUUGUCUCCCCCCCCCCCCCGCCAUCUGCCGCUUACUCCUAAAGAAGAAGAAAAAUGCCUUGGAUUCUUAAAGCAGUUCUGUCCUCCUGCUGGGGUUGAGCAGUUAGAUUUUAUUCAGUAAUAAAACUGUGUUGCUGAGAUAAUGGUGGGGAUGAAACUAAUGCUUCAUUAAAAGCUGGAAUAAUCUUUGGUUAAAUAUCCCAGGUAGAAGAUACUUACCAGAAGGGUCAAGAAAAGGAGGAUGAAGACCCAGAAUCCAAACCAGGUAUUGAAGGAGAGGACAAUGCAAUUGAAAUGUCAGAUGAUUUUGAAGGCAAAACCUAUGACGGGGAGCAAGAAAACCAAGGUAUGUGGCUUGUACUUUGACAAUUGUAGGUUUCGCUUGUCUGUCCUGUUAUAUGCCAAUACAGGUGGGAACGCUAAACAUUUUCUUUGCAGGCUUUUUGUGCAAACAUUGACAUGCAAUGGAAGUACUUGCUCAGAAUUAACGUUAAGUGUGAUUCCAACAGCUUGAUGUCCUUCUGUGGCAAAAUCUGGCAGAGUUCAGUAUUUGUGAAAAUGGUUCUGCUGCUGCUCUCUCAUUAAAUUAAUCCUUGUGUGGCUUGCGUGGUUAGGAGCUCUUCCUGAUUAAUGACAAUAAUUGGAGCGGGAAGCCUCUAUAACUUUUAAAUUAGGAAAACCCUUAAUUGUAACAUUUCUAAAUGCAGCAGAAGUCCAGCUAUAUCAUAUCUGUGUGUAGUGUGUUAUUCUAAGUGGGAUAGAACAAUUGGGCGAGCAAAUGGGGGAAUCUUACCAAAAACUUUUCAUGACAUUACUGUUAAUUUCAAACUGUGACAGACCCUUGGAGAAAUCUGAAUAAGAAUAUACAGUAAUAUACAUUCUGUUCAAAUGUUCAUAAUUCUUAUUUCUUAUAAACUUUUCCCUUGUUUCGCCAAAUGUGUUGAAACAAUUUCAGGAGAGACACUUCUUGUACAGUAAGCCCUCAACUUACGCAGGGGUUACAUUCUGGGGAUUGCAUCUAAACCCAAAAUCACAUAUAGUCAAAACGCAUUGGGUUCAAUGGCGGGUGGGAUUGCCAGAGUCUCUUUUCCUGGAUACCCACCCCCUUUCCGCCCACUUUUUACUUAAAAUAAUAAUUAUUGCCAGGUGAGUGAAGCUGAAUGUGAGCAAGUUAAAUGCACGUAAGUUGCAGGCUUACUGUACUCAUGUAGGUGUCCUCUGUUUGAUGCAGUGUGGCUGAAUGGUUUUAGGCUGUCACCCUAGUCCAGUCCCUGCCAGCAGAACGUGUGCAUUGCUAACCUGUGAUGUCACCAUGCUUGUGGUGUUCAUCUUGAAAGUUUGUGAAAGGCCGUGUGUCCCUUAUGCACUGAGUUCUAGUACCUUAUAAGGAGGAUGAUGCAAAACGAGCUGUGUUGCCUUAUACAGAAGAAGACGACAAAUCUGACGAAGAGUUAGACAAACAGAUGGGAAAUCUCGGAGAGGCUGAAGCUGACAAAUUGGAUGAGAGGCUUUGGGGAGAUGACAACGAUGAUGAGGAAGAUGAUGAGAGUGAUAACGAGGAUGAUAAUAUAACAGAAACGGGACCAGGAAUGGAUGAGGUGAAAACAUAAAUAAAAGUGUGCUCCAAGGAGGAAGUUUUGUACAACUUUUUAAUUGCAUGGUACAGUAUAUGAAAUACAAUACAGAGAUUAGUGUCUCAAUUUUUUGUGAGACUCUCUUUUUAGAAUGGGAUUAUUGAGAAGCCUUGCUUGGAUUUCAUAAAAUCAGCAAGGAGUAAACUAGCCUGCUGUCUAUCUUUUUUUGAAGAUGCCUCUCUCCAUAUGGAACUUGCCACCCACAGAGAGUGGCUGAGGAGGCAGUGCUUCAAAAUCGUCCACUCCUCAAGGUGUAAAUAUCAACAGGGGCUACCAAAUCCAGAGCCUUUUAUGUUGCAUCCCUAGUUUUAGGCAUCUGCUUUCCUAUGAAAGGAAAUAGCGACCUUAGGGGUUGUUGGUUUUUAAUCGGAUAUCCAUCCAUAGAGUGACAAGGAACAGAUUAAACGCCUACUCAAUCUUCAUAAUACACAAUUCCUGUAAAACAACUGUUGUCUAAUAUAUUUUGGGAUCCAAAAUGUGCAACCAUGUUUCCUCAAGUAGACUGGUAGCUAGGAUGUUGCCCUUCAGAUGUCAUUGGACUCGGAACUCCCAUCAGCCCCAACCAAUGUAGCCAAUGGUCACGAAUGAUGGAAGUUGCAGCCCAGCUAUAUCUGGAGGGCCCCACAUUGACUAUCCCUGACUUAGAGAAAACGCACAAGGUUAUACAUGCAUAACGUUAUGCAGGUAAUUUAAACAGCUGCGUGCACCUGUCUGAGAACCCUGCUAUGAUUAAGCUUCCAGGCAAAUGUACACAGUCAUGUGUUUAUCAUCCACCCUUUGCAUGUUUGCUGUGGGAAAUGCCCUGGGCUUACACACACAAAAAGCUGUUAGUGUGCCGCUGCCUUUAGUGUAAUAAGUAGAGUGUUUUGAUAAAGUAGCCAUUUGUCUCAAAACGUGUUGAAUGUUCCCUGUGGCUUGACUGUAACAGACCCAACAGAAUUGUAUAUACACCAAUGGUAGCAGGAUGUACAAUGAAAUGGCUCCAUGGCUGUUUUCCUUGAACAACUUAGGGCGAUUCAGAACUUGUGGCAAAAGAUGACAACACGGACGUUGACAACAAAAAUGAUAACAAAUCUCCCAAAGACGAAGAAGAAGAGAAUCAACCAGAUGGUGGUGAACCCAAAGAGAAAGUCCAUGAGCAAAUAGAUGAGGUAAUGAGAGCAAGUUUGCUGCAGAAAGCUACGUUUAUAUAACUACCGUUUAUUUUAACUGAACUUGAGCAACAUGCGUUUCCAAAGGAUUUUUAUGUAUUGCUAUUUCCAAGAAUAACACCUGCUCCUUCUUAAAUAGUUUGUGGUCCCAUUGUCUUUGUGGCUUUCAUUCUUUUAAAGCCCUAAAUGGCCUCAGCCCAGUAUACCUGAAGGAGUGUCUCCACCCCCAUUGUUCAACCCAGACACUGAGGUCCAGUGCCGAGGGCCUUCUGGCGGUUCCCUCACUGCAAGAAGUGAAGUUACAGGGAACCAGACAGAGGGCCUUCUCAGUAGUGGCGCCCGCCCUGCAGAACACCCUCCCAUCAGAUGUAAAAAAACAACAACUACUAUCUGAUAUUUAGAAGGGAACUCUGUUUAGGGAAGUUUUUAAUGACUGAUGUUUUAAUGUAUUUUUAAUCUUUUGUUGGAAGCCGCUCAGAGUGGCUGGGGAAACCUGGCUAGAUGGGUGGGGUAUAAAUAAUAAAUUAUUAUUAAUUAAUUAAUUAACUGGUGCGUAUUUAAGGUCCCUAAACCUAAUCUGCGGGUUACCACCUGAUUGGAUUUUAUUCUGAUCCUGAUCUGAUUUUAGGAUGUAUUUUAAUUGAUUGCCUGAUUUUAUGUUAAUGUUAACAUUUGAUGUUAGCCACUCUGAGCCCGGUUUUGGCUGGGGAGGGUGGGGUAUAAAUAAAUAAUAUUAUUCUAGGAAACUAGGCCUCUUUAAUGAAGUUUGGCAUCCUUUCUGUUGGGGCUUCAUCUAAAGAUAACUUCAAGAGUUACUUUACUGUGGCUCUCAACAGGUUCCCCCCCUGCCCCCCCCCCAACUUCCUGCCUCCAUUCCUUGUAUGAUGUGUCACUUCUUUCUGUUUAACAGCGUGAAUAUGAUGAGAAUGAGGUAGACCCUUAUCAUGGAAAUCAAGAGAAACAGCCUGAAGCUGAGGCAUUGGAUCUUCCUCAGGACCUGAACCUAGAGAACGGAGAGAAAGAUGACGAGGACAAGGAAGAAGAAGGAGGUAUGGCUCACAAGGUGUUCCUUUAUCAGCAGAUAUAAAGAAAAGAAAAUAUUAUGUAGUUGUGGUGCCUCUUGAGUGUCUAGCUAUAAUUGGGGACUGGGUGGAGGUACAGAGCCUUAAUCUGAUUCCAGACAAGGGUCGUCCCUGUUGUUUGGGGAAAAUAAGGAUUGAUGUCAUAAUUUUGAUCAUUCGUGCUUAUAACCAUUGGAAGUUUGUGAAUUAAUUGCUGCAUCUGAUUGUGUUUGCAUUGAUGAAGGAAUUCAGCCAGUUCCAUGUAGUAGGGAGGUUGUUGCCUUUUCCACACAGGGACAUAGACCAAGGAGCAGUGGGCUAAUUCUGGUUUCAUGGGGCAUAUCUGCCAUUUUUCUCUGUGUUUGUAUGUGUUCUUCAUAUUUUAGGGUGUUCAGUACCACAAAUGUUGAUACGUGUAUAUAACAAAUGUUUCGCCUAUUUCAAGUAAGUAGUGUAUUGUUUGCGUGAUUGAUACCAUAUAGAGAGUUGGGCAUUGGAAAUACAUAAUAGCAGCACUUCCAUUACUGCAGUACGUUGACAUAUUGACAAUCUAUGCUUGUACCAAGGGAAAGUUUCAAGUUAAAUGUACCUUACCUGUUCAUUUUUAAGGAUUAUCUAGGAAUCUUAGUAAAUCUUCCUCUCUGUUCCUACCUGCCCAGGAGUGGGUAAGAGAAAAAACUGAAUUCUGCCUUCCUUCUGAAAGGUGUGUCUUUUGCGUUGCAUUAGGAGAAAAUCCUUUUGAGAUUGAGGAGAAGACAAUGGAUGUAGACGAAAAAGAAAUUAAGGAUUCUGAAGAGACAGGAGAGGAUGGCCAGGAUCCUGAGCAAGCUGAGAAAGAGUCCUCUGAAGAGAAAGGUGAAGGAGAAGAUAAAAUGGAGGAAGAAGAAACAAAGGAUGAGGAAAGCACAGGGCAUCCUGAUGCAAAUAUGGAGGAAGAAGCAGAGGAGCCAACAGAAGACCUGAGUGAAUCUCCUGAGAAAGAGGGAGAAAAGGGCAUCCAUGACCAAGGCCUUAAUCCUCAGGUUAUGCUUAUUCUUUUAUUAAUAAAAAAUAGUAAAUGGCCUCCUUGAGUUCCCCUGCAUGGAGGCAUGUGAAAAACACAUCUUAGUCUCAGCACCUUAGUGUAUGUAGAGAUAGUAUACAGUUUUAAGGCUAAAAUUCCAGUAAAUGGUAGUGGUAGCGCUGUGGUUUUCUUGGACAGCAAAUAGAUCUCCUGUAGUACAAAACCAUUUCUGGCCCUCCCUCCCAUCACACCUGUCGAAUGCUCAUACUGAUGUCUUCAUCUGAAUUGCUUUAGGAAGAGGAGGAUAUCAAUAACCCUGACAAGGACGAGGAGCUGCCUGAUGCUGUUGAGAGAAUGGAACAUGAAACUUACGGGCAGGCAGGAGAGGAGAACCUGCAGAGCGACACGGCUGUGGAGCUGGCUGGAACUGCUUCUGAAAAGGACCAGGCGAAAGAGGUGAAGCAGGGAAAAUCCCACAGUACCUUUUGUAUUAUGCAGAACAUACUUUGGAGGGGGGGAAACUUCUAAAGCACUUAACUUUCAGGCUUGUCUUACUGCUGCUGAUUUUUCCUCUCUGGGUAAAUACAAGGCUUUUGAGGCACACGACUGUCUCCCUGCUCUCUCCCCACCCCCAAUAAAUCUCAGUAGCUGGACUGCUUAAGGCAGAAGCUAAUUCUGUAUGCUUAAAUGGACGUAAGAGAUGCUCAUAUAUAUGACUACAACACACAGGGCCAGCAGCCACUGUUUUCUGCUGCUCAAUUCCCUCAGUUGUUAAUCGUGUGCACAAAUUGCAGAUCCCAUUGGGGCAGUCUCAUACUAAAGGAGAACAAUAUAUGUGAUGGCCAUACACACUGAGCAGUCUGUGACCCUAAGUGCAAGCAGGGAGGCAGCAUUUGUUGAUUCACUCUUCCCUUUGCAUCUGCCACGCUACCUUCCCAGGCUCUGGUGUGCAAGAGGUGUCCAAGAGUGCAUUGACUCUUCCUGCCACUCAGGCCAGAGUCCUUCAACUAAACUUCAUAUAGUACACCUACCUCAAGUGGUUCCUCACCCAGGAACAGAGCUACUACCCCCUAUAUCAACUCCCACACUGUCCUGGAAGGUCCCCUGAAUCUACAGCACUAAUAUUUGGGGUGCUGGGAACUGCAAGGCAUGUGCGGUGGGGAGAAGGAAAUGGGCAGAAAUAGCCUCUCCUCCCUUCUGUUACCUGCUGCUGCCCCCAAGGAUUUUCCCAACCCUGUGGUCGAAGCAUAUUGACCGUGUUUCACUAACUAACCUUGGGGUUUUCUGCAGUGUCAGAAUUUACACACAGGCUUCUUCAUAGAAGCGCAGUCGGGUAUGCUUCUGUGUUUUGAAGACACUGCAUUAUUCUCAGAUGAGUGUGGAACUGUGUGUUCUACGUUUUAGCAGAAGACUUAACUUUGGUGGUUUGUCUGUCUUUCUUCAGGAACAUGGAACUGGAGCUGCUGAUGCAGAUCAGUCAGAAGGACAUGAAUCUGAGUUAAUGGCACGACUGGCUAGUCGGAAACAGAGCAGGAAAAAUACACAGGUCUUUUAUUCUUUCAUAGAUUAAAGAAAUUGUAAGCUAGCUUUUUUAUAUGACCUUUUCUGCACCUCCUGGACUAAUGCCUGGAUCAGAAAUUACUCAGCAGCUGUAGUACAUCCCAAAUGCUCUUAAGCAGUUCCCAGCUCAAAUUGCAUUGAGUUUUAAAAUGCAUCUUUGGAGAGAGUACAUUUAGAAAUUCAUAUUUAAAUGCAAAUUUUCUCACAUUUUUAAAAAAGAUGUUUAUAUUUUCCCCAGUAUCAGACGCUGCUAAUGCACUCAUGUUUUGCUUGUGGGCUUUGAACAAGCACCUGGCUGUCUGCUGUGAAAACAAAAUGCUUACCUAGAUAGGAUUUUGGUUUGAUAGUGCAGGUUUGUUCUGGUGGGCAGUGUGAUAAGUUACCGAGCUUCUGAGUCUUGACUUUGGUUUUUCCGAACCUCAUUGAAAUUUCAUUGCUGUACUUGCUCAUUUUUCAGAGUUUUAAGAGAAAGCCUGGCCAAGCCAACAAUGAGCGCUCAACGGGGGAUCACAGUCAACAAGUUCACAAGCGGCUGAAAACUGUUGAAUCCAGCAGCGAAGCAGAACAGGAGCAGGUUCAGCCAGAACGAAACAUGGGAGAAGCUGAUGCCUUUGAGCACAUUAAGCAAGGCAGCGAAGCCUACGAUGCACAGACCUAUGGUAUGCCAGCAUUCGCACAGUGAUGUCAGAGGGACAGACAAUUUUAAAUCCUUUUUACCACUAAACCUCCGCUUACAGGAAAAUGAGCACGCAUUCUUUAUUGAAGUAAAAGCAAUGAAACAUGUUAGAUUUGGUUUGCAUAGCUUAACGCUGGGGAAAGGAUUUAGAUAAGGAAUUUUUCAAGGAACUUGCGUUUGCUUCUCUCUCAUAGUUCGCUUUGCGUGGCUUCAUUUUUAAACUUAAUAGGCAGCCAUGUUUUAUUUCUCCACAUUAAAUCAGUUGAAGCUUUAAAAACAAAUCCCUACAAAGGUAUUUUCUAGCCUAGACUGCAGGAGAUUGUGGUUCCCAUAAAUUCUUCAUUCAUCUCAUCUCAUUCACCUAGGUGCUAGGUCAUAGCAAGGUGGGUAGGAGGCAGAGCUAUGAAUGGGGAAAUCCUCAGUUUAAAGUUUACCUUUGCUAUGACCUCACUAAGAGGCUUUAGGCACAAUUCUCUCUCCCCCAUCACUCCCUUCUCCCCAUUAGCAAUAUGGGAAUGGUGACAUUGACCCUACCUAAAGGUUUUAAAGAGUGUAAGAUAAUGCAGGUGAAGUACUUUGAACAUUCUCAAACGCUAUGUAAAUUACAGUAUUUAUCUCACUCUCUGAAUUGUUGUUGUCCCCCCCCCCUUUCAAGUGCUUCGGGUGUCAAGUUAAAACUUUAUAGAUAUUGAUGACUGUUAGUUUGGUGAUAUGGGAGAACAGCACAGAGUUGCAAGAUUUUGGUUUGAUUUUUGGCUAUGUUUCCACCAGAUGUAGCUAGUGAAGAACAACAGAAAACAACCAUGCCUGUCACUGAAGACAAUGAAGAACCACUUUCUGAAGAUGUAGCUAUGGAAACAGAAGCUCAGAAAGAUGAGGAUCUUAGAACGGUAGAGGCGGAGAAACUGAAUCCAGAAUUAAAGGCACCUAGUGCUGCUAAAUCUGGUAAAUUGCCAGCUCAUUAUCUUUAAAAGAAUUUUAUUCUUCGGGAAUAAUUUCUUCAUUUCAAUUGAAAACAGUCCUGUAGUGCCUUUGGGGGAUACUAUUUGCUCCCUGGCUCUGACUCACCCACCCUGCCCCUACUGCUCACAUGUUGUGGGGAGCCAAGGUCCCCUGCUUGUGCCAUAUAUGAUUUUAACCCUGCUACCAUGCAUGGGGAGUUUAUGCAUCUGCGGCAGGCUCUCCACUUCAGAUGUUACUCCCAGGAGUGGCAGAGCCAGCAAGCGCAGCCUCUUGUCUUCCCCUCACACCACUGUAACCAAGUGAAGGGCCAGUACCUGAAGAGAGUUACUAUUAUUUAUUGAAUUUAUAUACCGCCCUGUACUCGGAGGUUAGUAGUGUGCUUGCUAAUGGCCUUGAAAAUGUGUGAAGCAAGCAUGUCAUUUAUUCAACGAUAGGACCCGAGGAGGUCGAGUUGGACAGCCAAGCCCUCAAUUCUGAAGAAGACGAAGAGCGUGGAACAGAAAAAUCGCCUCCGGAAGUAAAGCUGGACAGAGACAAAAACUCUACCAUACAUACUGCCCAUCAGUUCUUGAGGGAUACCUCCAUCCAGGUAAACUACCAAUUGUGCUAUUAAAUAAAUAGGAUGUGUUGAUUGAUGUGAAUCUCUCCAGGAUACAGUGCUUUUGUAAUUUUAGUUUAUCGCCAAAUUAGUUUCUUGCUCUGAAUCAAUAUUUAGGUUCCACUGAGGAAGGAUCUCCAUAUACAUAUGGUAGAGACUGGGAUAGGAAGAUCACAUGACUGUGAGAUACUAGAGAAGGGAAGGUAUACGUCUGAUCUACAUUACUUAAGCAGGUUUCCCCCUACAUCAAAGUAGAUGGCUUUUAUUAAAUGACAAGUUGAAACUCAGAUCUUGUGGCCUCAAAAUGCAUGUGUAAGUGAGCUGCCUGUAGGUGGGACUGUCUAUAAUCGAGUCAACACUCUCAGCUUUGACAACACGGAUUACUUAUUUGGAGGGCUGGAAAUCCUUGAGUUUGGAGGCAACAUGCUCUCUGCAGAGAUUCAGCUCUGGUAGCUUUACAUGUGCACAAUCUGAGCCACCUCAGUAAAUUCAUGCAGAAACUUGCAUCUGCAUGGAGAUUUCCCUCGAUGGAUGGGGGAAAUUUAGAAAAUACCAGUCAUGGAGAUAUUUGCAGCUGGAUGUGAGGAUCUCUGUUUUCCUCCAGACCCCCAGCAUACAAGGAGAUAAAUCAGAUUUGGGCUUGGUCAUGUGGUUCAGAGAGGAGAUAAGUACAGUUAAUAUGCUGCAUGCACAUAAUUUUUUGCCAUGAGUAGAAAAGUAAAUUUAAAAUUUCUCCUUAAUUUUUGCUAUCCAGUGGUCCAGAACACUAAAAGUUCUCCUAAAAAAAUAAGGGAUGUGUUAUGUGGUGGGUUUUUUUAAAGUUUGCUUUUGGAGGUAUGUAUGUACAGUGGUGCCCCGCAAGACGAAUGCCUCGCAAGACGGAAAAACCGCUAGACGAAAGGGUUUUCCGUUUUGGAGUUGCUUCGCAGGACGAAUUCCCCUAUGGGCUUGCUUCGCAAGACGAAAAUGUCUUGCGAGUCUUGACAAUUUUUUUCGCUUCCCCCUUUAUCUAAUCUGCUAAGCCUUUAAUAGCCUUUAAUAGCCUUUUAGCAGCUAAUCCCCUAAGCCUUUAAGCCUUUAAUAGCCGCUAAACCGCUAAUAGCGCUAAUAGCGCUAAUCCGUCAAUGGGCUUGCUUCGCAAGACGAAAAAACCGCUAGACGAAGACUCUCGGGGAACGGAUUAAUUUCGUCUUGCGAGGCACCACUGUAUGUAGGGACGCGUGUGGCGCUGUGGGUUAAACCACAGAGCCUAGGACUUGCCGAUCAGAAGGUCGGCGGUUCAAAUCCCUGCGAUGGGGUGAGCUCCCAUUGCUCGGUCCCUGCUCCUGCCAACCUAGCAGUUCUAAAGCAUGUCAAAGUGCAAGCAGAUAAAUAGGUACCGCUCCGGCGGGAAGGUAAACAGUGUUUCCGUGCGCUGCUCUGGUUUGCCAGAAGCGGCUUAGUCAUGCUGGCCACAUGACCCGGAAGCUGUAUGCCAGCUCCCUCGGCCAAUAAAGCGAGAUGAGCGCCGCAACCCCAGAGCCGGUCACGACUGGACCUAAUGGUCAGGGGUCUCUUUACCUUUUUAUGUAUGUAUGUAUGUAUGUAUGCAUGUAUGUAGCAAGUAUGUCAUUCUAAAAUACCUGUCCAUAUUGUUUGAUUCAAAUUCCAAUUUGUUAUUUUAAGUGCAUUGUUAAGGAUCCUGAAGAGCUAAGACGAGAACUAGAGAUGCAACUGGAAGUUUGGCAGAGUGGAAACGCUACUGAGGUUAGUGAAUCGUUCAGUCAAGCAAUAUACACUUGCAUAAUUCUUUUGGAAAGUAUUUAUUGAAUAUAAAUGGAAUAUUAACACAUUAUUUCCAAAGCCAUGUUAAAUAUUGGGUUCUGGUACUGCUUAAUCACUACAGAGCAAGGAGCAGAAUUGUAGAUGCUGAUAAUCUUCUGCAAUACAUGGACGGCAAUUAUACAUAUAAAGACCCUUAGCAGCUGAUCAGUUUGUACCACAGGAUGCUAAGACAAAGCUAUACUCGAAAGUUCUAGCAAGAACUAUUUUUAAAAGCAUCACUAUAAAAGUAUUUGCAACUGAUAUAUCCUGAAUUAUUUAGGUUUUGUACUUGGGAAAGGGAUUUAUGUAUAAAAAGGGUUAAUUCUCUGGGCUUUUAACUUUACUAACAAAAAUUAUAUGGGUUUUUUUAUCUUAAUGUUGCAGGAAAAGGCAGCAGCAGAGAUGUGGCAGAGAUAUCUCCUCCUCACUGCACCUCUUUCACAGCAGCUCUGUGAGCAGCUGAGACUCCUACUGGAGCCAACUCAGGCAGCCAAGCUGAAGUAAGUUGGGUCACUGUAAAAAUAAAAGCAGAGCCCCAUACAUCGCGAUUUGGCACCCAAGCCGUCUUCCAGCUAGAACUGCUUUAGCAUAUUGUUACUAUAGGAUGUAUCAUUCACUUCCCGCUGGAGUCAAUGGCAAGAAAUCAAAGUGAUUCUAGACUGCCUGUUGCAUUAUUUGUGGUGUAAAUGUGUUUCUUAAGUCAUUCAUUUUACAUAGUACCUUGAAAGUUAAAGCGCUGUAGGUUUUGAUUUGACACAGGCCACUAUUUCCAGAGGUGUAGCCAUAUUCGUCUGUUGUAUCACAUUUAUUAUAGUAUAAGCUUUUUGUGGACAAAAGUCCACUUCAUCAGAGGUACAUGUGUGUCGUUUGCAUGUAUGCAUGAAGAAAAGUAUGUAGUAGGGAUGGGGAGCCAGUGUUCAAAUGUCGUUGGACUACAACUCCCAUUAUGCCUGACCAUUGGCCAUGCUGCCUGAGGCUGAUGGGAGUUGUAGUCCAACCAUGUCUGGCAGGCCACCAUCCCUCAUUGAUAUGGUUUGAUCUGGACACUUCUCCGGAUCAAACCGUAUCAUGAACAAAAGAGCUCUUUUCAUUCACAGGGACGGCUGGUUUCCAGUGUUGGAGGAAAGAGGGAAGGAGCAUAUUUUUGCCAAUUUCUCCUGCAGCUGCCCAUGCUGCUUCUCCUGCUGCUCUGGGGAGUCAUUCAACCUCCUAGAGCAGCUUUGCAGAGGGUGGAGGAGGAAUUAUUGGCAGAAAAUCACCUUCCUGCUCUCCUCCCAACACAAGUGGAUUUCCAUGCAGGUUUAGUAGCAAGUUCCAUAUUAAAGAUUCUGGAGAAGCUUAUUUUUCCCUGAAAGGAAACAUGUCCAGCCUUUGUAGGCAUUGCCUGCUGAAAUCUCAGAGGGGAAAUUCGGUGCCUUUGACCCACCCAUGUGAAACCGAAAUAAAUUAUGCAAAAUAAGACGCAAUAUGCAAAUAGGCCUGGCUCCUCUAAAUAUCAGGACAGUUACAUAGGUGUGCAAGUAAUGAAUCUUGAUGCCCGAAAAAGCUGUCUUAUUUUUGGCUAUUCAUUAUCUACCAGUUCAUGUAAAAUACUUUCUCUGAAAAGGAUAUCCCAAGUUGUUUUUUCCUCCCCCAGCAACUGUGUUAUUGUUAAUAUUGUGCCUUUUCUUCUUAACUACCAGAGGUGAUUAUCGAACAGGAAAAAGGCUGAACAUGCGCAAAGUAAUUCCAUAUGUUGCAAGCCAGUUCCGAAAAGAUAAAAUUUGGUUACGGAGGACCAAGCCCAGCAAAAGGCAGUACCAGAUCUGCUUGGCCCUUGAUGACUCUGCCAGUAUGGUAGACAACCACUCUAAGCAGGUAAAACAGAAAUGGUGAAGAAGCCAACUUAAAAGUCUUAUAUGAAUGAAUUCAGCAUUAAUCUUUCACGCAUCAAACUUGCAGUUAACUAUACAGAAGGCAUUUCCCCACUUCAUUGCUGUUCCUUCUCUCUUGUCAGCAUGGCUGCUACUGUUUGCUUCCCUCUGUCUGCCACCAUGGGAUUUACUUAACACCAGAUGCUUGUUUAACAAGGUCAGGGAUAGCGACAGGGAUAUAGGGGGGUAAUCACAUGGCUGUGAUGGAUGAGCAUGCAUUUCUUUCCCUGCAGCAGGGAGUUUAGCAGUGGGGAAAGUUUCACCUAAGGGGGAAAGUUACAAGCAAGUGCAGAUUGCAUUGCAGGGGUAUAUCAUUCCAUUUUCUAAUUCCUUUGCUUCUCCGAUAGUAUCACAUAUCACAGUGAGUUUUCGGUCCAUGACAAAUGCAUGAAGCAGUGUUAGAAUUCUGCAGUUUGUUAACUGUUCUGUGGUGAAUUCUAUGUUCUUAGCUUAGAUAUACAACAGACUCAAACUUUUAUUUGUUUUCUAUAGCUUGCUUAUGAAUCCCUGGCAGUGAUUGGAAAUGCUUUGUCACUCUUAGAAGUGGGACAAAUUGCUGUGUGCAGGUAAGGCUAUUUUAAAGCCGGACUUGUCGUCAUAGAAAUCUUUUUACUCCUGCUCAGUGCAAUGUUUUAAAAUGUUUCAUUUUAUUUCAGUUUUGGAGAGGCUGUUCAGCUGCUACACCCAUUCCACGAACAAUUCAAUGAUCAGUCGGGAACGAGAAUACUCCAGCUGUGCAAAUUUGAACAAAAGAAAACUAAAAUAGCUCAGGUAUCUCUCAUCUUGGAUGAGUGGGGCUGCCUUUUUUCAUUAAAAGUUCCUAUGUUGUGUUUAAAUAACUAUUGUGCCAGGCUAAGGGUGUUCUAGGUUAGUUCUUUUACUUUCCUGUCCAAUUUGUCCUUAGAAUGUUACAAGAAGAAAAUGGUCUUGUCUCUGCACUAGCCUGGUAUAUUGCUUGUAACAAAAAAGAGUGGUGCAGUCUUAUGUUUACUGCAGCCCCUUAAAAACAGCCAAGGAAAUAAUGUGGCUGCUGUAUAAUUUUAAGUCUAUUUUGAGUUCACAACCUUAGGCUGCAGUUCUCAACUUGCAUUCCCAUUCAUUUCUGUAGAACAAUUGUCUUAGAAAAGAAAUUGUUAGCUCACAGCUGAUGCACAUAUAUUCUCUCACUUUUCUACAGUUCCUAGAAUCCUCAACAAAUAUGUUUGCUGCAGCACAGCAGUUCUCUCAAAACAUUAAUCCAGGUGAGUUCCCCCCUCCUUUUUUGUAUACAAACAAGUUAGGCAUGGUAGUCGAAAUAGUUCUUCAUUGGAUUUAUCAGGAGCAUGGCUCUCUUGGCAGAAUGCUGAAUACACAAACGGCAAUUGUUAGUAAAUAAGGCUGAAAUCCUAGCCCAACGUAUGUGGGGAGUAAGCCCUGUUAUUGGGUAGGACUUGUUUGUGACAAGACAUGAUUGGGCUAGCUUUGUGAGCUCUUCUCAGAUUAAUAUUUUAAUUCUUGUUUCUUCUUUGUUGGCACUACUACUGGACAGUGGGGAUGUUUCUUCCUGUUGCUUUUAGAACAUUCAUAAGCAUUGAUUGUCUUACUUUAAAUUUCGUGUCCCAUUUUUGGGAAACAAAGCUUUCACAUCCCAUUCAGGGAUAUAUUUUAUACUAUUUUUAUACAUAAAACUUUGUUCUUGGGGCUGGCUUUCAUGUCCGCUUGUAUGUUAAAGUAAUAGAAAAUGUUAGUAAGACUGAAUAUGUACCCUUUUUCUAGUUUUGUUUGCUAAAACUGAAAACAUGCCUUUCUCAAUAGAAACUGCUCAGCUACUCCUAAUAGUGUCAGAUGGAAGAGGUCUUUUUCUCGAAGGCAAAGAACGUGUCACGGCAGCUGUUCAAUCUGUUCAGAAUGCAAAUAUCUUUGUCAUUUUUGUAGUGUUGGACAACCCUAAUUCACGGGUGAGUAAAUGAACCAUCAGAUAAUUGUACUACUUUUAACUGGGUGGAAAAAUCGCCUUGGUUGGGUUUAAAAUAGGUCCGAGGCAUCCUGUAUAUGAAAAACUAUAUUAAACUAGUCAAGCUUCCUGCCAACCAUAGAUUUGGGAGCUGAGGUUUCAUACUAUAAGGAAAAAUCUACUUUCAUCUGCACUUAUUUCUGGUUCUUGCCUUCAACAUUCAUUUUGCUGACAAGAAAAUUUGCCUAAUCUUUACAAACUUCCAUGGUUAAUUGCUGACUACCUUUCCUGCAAAAUAGUUUUUUUGAUAUUUAAAUCCAGCUUCUUCUGCCUCUCACCUUGGUGAGGAAAGCGACAAGUCCCUUUCCAUUGGAGGUCCAGCUCAGGUUAUUCUCAGCCUGACUUUGCAGGUUCCAAAUCAAGGAACAGAGUUCUGCGGGCAUCUUUGUCUUGACAUUCCCUGCCACAAUACUGGCAUUUAGUAUUCCUACUGUGUUACGUUUCUUUCCAAUCACAGGUAGCAAAUUGUGCAUGGAGACUAUACUAUAAAAGACCACAUGGAGUAGUAAAAAAGCUAUAAGUAGUGUAUGGUGACAGCCCUGAAAUCAGCACUAAUAUUCUCUCCCUUAGUGACCUCCUGCUUUAGUCUUCAGUAACUAUUGUUAGGAUUGCCUGCAAAGGCUACAGUCCACUUAUUUGAAAACAGAAUGAAUUGACUCAGGAGAUUGGUGAGAGAUGAGGACUGAGGGAGGCAACUUUUUUCAUUGAUCCUAGCUGCAUAAUGCUACUUGUGUAGUCCUGUAUCUGAUACUGUCAUUUUAAUUCACAGGAUUCCAUCUUGGACAUUAAAGUACCUGUGUUCAAAGGCCCAGGGGAAUUGCCAGAAAUCAGGUCAUACAUGGAGGAAUUUCCCUUUCCUUUCUACAUCAUUCUGAGAGAUGUGAAUGCCCUCCCAGAGACCCUCAGUGACGCACUGAGGCAGUGGUUUGAACUGGUGACUGGUUCAGACAACGUGUAAAAUUUGGCAGGUCAUGUGAACACAUGGUUACCAGUUAAUGGCAAAGGUCGUCAGCAAAUUUGAGUUGCUGUUCAGACGGGCCAGAAAUUACACACUAACAUAACAUGCAUUUUCCCCCUUAACAGUGCAGGAGACUAUGCAAACGGUGAUGAACUAAAAGACUGCUCACUUUCUUGCCUAUAUCUGAAAACAGUGGAAAACCAUCUCCUUUUUUUUUUACUCUUUGUAUAAUUUAUUCUUAUUUCUGUACCACUAAGAAAUAAGUGGCUCCCAAGACUAUUUUCUAUAGUAGUAAGAAACUAGUUUCCUUCUGAGAGGAAGUUGCAACUAGAAUGAUUAACCAUAAUUAAAGAAUACUUGUCUGUUUUGGGUCACAUGUGUUAGUGGGACCCUGUGUUUCGAGGAAGGGUUGAAUUUUACACAACCAAAAAAACCCACAACCACCACAAAUCCUACUUGAAUACUUGAAACUGUCGCUGAACAGUUGCUGGUUUUAUGAUAAUGCUGGAAGAGUAGUUUUUUUAGAGAAAGACUCCGCGUUAUCAUUUUACACUGUGAACUUUGCCCUCUGUUCAAGGGAAAUAGUGAUAAACACAUUUUAGUAUCCUGAAAGCAUGCCCAAGGCUCUUUCUGUCAUCUCCUAUUCCCUGCCCCCCCCAACUUUUUUCAUUGCAAAAGCUAUGCAUCAGUCGUGAUUACUAAUAAACAAUGUUUUGCUGUUUGU